AUGGACGUGAGUACGCUCGACGCUCGUUCAAAAUCCUGCGCCCGGGCGGCGUUGCGUCACUCCCAUAGAGAUAGGAACUUAGAGGUGCCACGGAUAUUUCUUAGAGUGAAACAGCCUUUCUUAAACUUGGGCCCCUAGAUGUUAGAAUUGUAGAGUUGGAAGGGACCAUGAGGUUCAUCGUCCAGCUUUGAAAGGUUCAGGAUUUAUUUAUUUUUGUUUAUUUGUUUAUAUUUGUUUAUUUUCGACCUCUGAGUUUCAGGAUUUUUUUUUUGCCCAAUGUAGGUUUCAGAGAUUAAGAGGCUCGUGUUUUUACAGACUGAGCUGUCCCACCUACUGACCGUUGUUGGACUACAGCUCCGGCAUCCCUGACCGCUGGUCCUGCUAGCUAGGGAUGAUGGGAGUUGUAGUCCAACAACAUCUGAGGACCCAAGGAGAAAUCUCCAUAGAAAUCAAGAAGGAAACUCAUUUUGGAUUUUAGCCUAGGUCUAAUUAUGUGUGUUUUGGGUGUUUUAGACUGAACCCAGAUUCAUUUUCUUUAAAUAAUUUCUAAAUGCAUGUCUGUCUUUCACAUUUUUGUGUUCUGCUUUACAUUUCUGGGGUGGAACCGUUAAAUGGUUUACCACAUGGCUUAAAACAUCACAUACAACAUUACAAGUUAAAAUAAAAAAUGUAAUAAUGGUACAUAUGUAAAGCAGCAUCAUAAUUAACAGUGAAACAAAAUGUUGUCGCUUUAAGUAUUUUUAAAAUACAAAAGUUUCCUCUUUUGCUUUGAGCAGGCUGGGGGUGAGGAAUGUCAAGCGCGUGUCUAUUUGCCAUGUUUGAGGCAGGAAUUUUAAAUGGGAAAGCAGUGCAGAUUGAAGGGUUUGACAAAGUUUCCCAAAGCUUAUUUUAUAGACCUGCCACCCAUUCCACUGAAAACAUCUGCAUUCACACCAUACAUUUAAACCCCACAUGUACCCCUGAAAAGAAUCCUAGUUAAUGUAGUCUACUCACCACAGAGCUACAAUUCUCAGGAUUCUUGGGUGUGUGGGUGUGGAUGUGGAUGAAUGUGCUUUGUGCAGUAAGGCUGGGUACAUAUUAUACCUUUAACUGGUUUUAAAGCCAAGAGAACAGUACUUGUUCAUUUCGUUAAAUAUAUAAUAAAUUGAUAAUUUACAGUUUAUCGUUUCAGCUGCAAUGUCUCAAAUAUGAGAUCAGGGAUGGCUUUCUGACACUAGAGAGUAUGGCAAAUGCAGGAAUCUUGUAGCUACAGCAUCCCUGACAAAUGGCUAUCCAUUCCCUGCUUAAAUACCUCCAGUGAAGGUGAGCCCAUGAACUCCUGAGGCAGUCUGUUCCACUGUUAAACAGCUCUUACCAUUAGACAGUUUCUUCCUGCAGUGGAGGUCUAGGAUUCACCAGGGAUUUGUGGCUGAGAGGGUCAACUGCACCACAGAGACCUGUAUACAUCCCGAGCAGAUUAGGCACUGUUGUCUUGAACAGGCACCCAGGUUGCUUGAUGCAUCUCCUAUGGGUGACCAUGGACUUGGAGUGUGCACAGCAGUAGAAGACCAGCAAAUGUCUGAGCUUAUGUGUGUGGCCAGGCUGCUGUGAGUGACAUACAGCCAGAGCUGACUCAACCAUUAGGUGAACUGAAGCAGGCACCAGAAGCCCCCAAAGUGGCAGCUGAAUCCUAAGUUCUUCAUCCCUACUGCCAUUCCUGCUUGCCAGGCAAGCAGAAUAAAGUUUCCUUGGGUGCCUGAUGGUCUGCUCCCAAUGCCGCCUCUUUUCCUGCAUAAUUAGUUUUGUCUAAUUUUGGACCAGAAUUAUUGUGGUGCACUAUUCCUGGAAUACUGCAAUACCCAGUUGAUGCAGGGAGCGAAUGGAACAAGUUCCUAUUCUAUCUCCCAGUUCCAAAAAUAUAUUUAAUACAAACACUCCACAAGUAGCAGACAUACCAGAUAUUGCACUGAUAAUAAUAGAUACUGACACUUGAUCUUAGUCAAUUGGCUGAGAAGCAAUGCCAGUUGUUCGGGAAACACAUAAGAACUACUUUUCCAAUGGAUUAUUGGAUACCCAAGAGCAAAUAGAGGCUAUAAAGUGCUGCAAUGUUUCCAGGUUUACAAAAUAUACUCCAACAACAUUUAUUAUGUCCAUUGUCCAACCAAGCAGCCUCUUGACAGACACUUUAAUCUCAGCAAUUCUGGCUUUUCUCAACCGUGUCAAUUUCUCAACUGGUUGGCUGGCCCGUUGUGAUACAGUAUAUCUUUGGUGCAGUGUUUGCAUAAACCCAUCCAUUUACUUUUCACGCUCUGUGUAACUGUUGUUAGCUCACUGCAUGCCAGUGGAGGUCCCAAGUGUUUCAGUUGGAUAGCUUUCUGUUCUUCAGAUAAAAUAAUGCAAAAACACAGCUAUGUGAGCAGAACACUCAUGUUUACAUUAAAAAUUGUGCCCCUUAGUAAAGGGGUGUUUGCAGGAAAAACAUUGCUAUGCUGUAAAUGAGUUUUCUGCACAUAAUAACCACAGGGGGAAAAGUAUGUGGUUGGUUUUGCAUACCCUUUGAAACUUGGCAGAGGCCAGUCCAUUAGGGCAAAUGCCCCACCAACCUUCAUCUGCCCUCAGCCAAAUAUUUUUAUUUUUUAAAAAGCAUUGCAUCUGAGUCUGUUUUCUGUCAGACACAUUAGUCACACUUGGUCAUGCUAUAUUUGUGACUCUUAGAAAUGGGGAGCGGGGGAGAUGGGGACAGAUAGCAGUGAUUCAGCCUUUAUCAUGCGGAAUGAAGGAAGCACUUCUUGACCAUUUAGAUGAAAGAAGUUAGGGAGAAGCUUGACAUUGGUUUGAAGUAUGCGGGUUCUAGACCAAAUGAAAUUAAUGGCCCCAAAUUUCAACAACUCUACUCUGAGAUCACAUUCACACAUUUAAAGUACUGCAAUACCACUUUUAAGCAGUCAUGGCUUUCCCCACAGAGAACUUGUAGUUUGUUCAGGCUGCUGAGAGUUGUUAGGAGACCCCCUAUUUUCCUCAAAGACUGACAAUUCUCAGAGCAGUUUAUCAAUCAAUCCCUCUUCACAGAGAACUCAGAGAAUUGCAGCUCUGGGAGGGGAAUAUUGCAGGCUUCCUAACUCUCCACACCCUUAACAAACUCCGACUCCCAGAAUUCCUUGGGGGAAGCCAUGGCUGUUUAAAGUGGUAUCAUAGUGCUUUUAAUGUAUGGUGUGAACACGGCUGAAUACUGUACAGUGGUACCUCGAGUUACAUACGCUUCAGGUUACAUAUGCUUCAGGUUACAGACUCCGCUAACCCAGAAAUAGUACCUCGGGUUAAGAACUUUGCUUCAGGAUGAGAACAGAAAUCGUGCUCCUGUGGCAUGGCAGCAGCAGAAGGCCCCAUUAGCUAAAGUGGUGCUUCAGGUUAAGAACAGUUUCAGGUUAAGAACGGGCCUCCGGAACGAAUUAAGUACUUAACCCGGGGUACCACUGUAUGUACACAGGGCCGUAGCUAGGGGGUGGUGAGGUGGGCCCCCACCAGGGGCACAAGCGAUGGGGCGGGCAAAAUCGGCUUUAAAAUAUGUCCAUAAAUAUAAAUAUUGAUUAUUGCCUCGUAAGAAAUGGUUUUAAAUUGGUGAAUUGAAUGUGUGGAGGCGGGGAGGGGGUUAGAAGAGGCGCUCAUCUCGCUUCAGGCCGAGGGAGACAGCAUUUGUCCACAGACAGAUUUCUAGCUCAUGUGGCCAGCAUGACUAAACCGCUUCUGGCGCAACGGGACACCGUGAUGGAAGCCAGAGCGCACAGAAACGCCAUCUACAUAAGGUGUGCAUGGGCAAGUAAGUCCUACUGAACUUCAAAAGUCUUGCUCCUUAGCAAAAAUGCUUAGCAGCUCAGAAAGUCAAUUACACUUGCCAGUCUUGAAUUUAGAGCAGUGCAGGCUGUCGUCCCCCGCCCCCAUAGGGCGCCAAGCCGAGGGGGUUCAAAAUAACAAUACUUACAUUCAGUGCUUUUUUUCUGGGGGUAUGUAUACCCCUAAACGUUUUGUGAAUCUAAGUUUGGCCUCACUGAGGGGCAGUAUUUCAAUAUGAGUAGGAAAAUGAGAGUACCCCUAAACAUUAUUUUUAGGGGGGGGGAAGCACUGCCUAUAUUUAUGGGCGUACCUACUGAGUAGAUCCAUAAGAAAAGCAACUGUUCCAGAGCUGGAUUUUGGUUUGAUGAGGCCCUAAGCCAGGGGUCAGCAAACUUUUUCAGCAGGGGGCCAGUCCACCACCCCUCAGACAUUGGGGGGGGGGGGGCUGGACUAUAUUUUGAAAAAAAUAAAUGAACAAAUUCCUAUGCCCCACAAAUAACCCAGAGAUGCAUUUUAAAUAAAAGCACACGUUCUACUCAUGUAAAAACACGCUGAUUCCCGGACCGUCCAUGGGCUGGAUUUAGAAGGCAAUUGGGCCGGAUCCGGUCCCUGAGCCUUAGUUUGCCUACCCAUGCUAAGCUACUGAAGGUAACAGGGCCCUUUAUAUGUCCAGCUGUUCUUUGUCAACAACAAAUUGUUGGUUUUUGUGUGUUGAAUAUAUGCUAUAUGGUAAUUUAUGGACCUAAUCGGUAUCGAAAGCCAUUUGCACAUAACAAAUAGGGGCCUACACAACACAAAACACUGUUGCUGUAUGUAGGUUUUAUUUUAUUUGUUUUGUAUCUUAUAUUUUGGAAAUGUACAUCCAGAGGUUUUUUUCCCCUUUCAAUUUUUUGGGGGGCCCGCAAGAGAGUGGGCCCCUAAGCCGUACCGAAAUGAAUAAUUGUGAAAAUAAUAAUAAAUAUCUGGUGGGGCGCCAAAUUUUGCCCUUGCUCAGGGCGCCAUAACGCCCAAGUUCGCCCCGGCACUUGCUGGCCGGCGGUGGUAUCCACCAGAGCCGCUUCCCCUGUUCCCGGCUUGGCUUCCGCAGCCCUGCAGCCAGGGCACCUGCCGGCUCCUCCAAGCCAGCAGAGGAGGCCAGAAAGCCCAUGAAGACACGCUGGAAGCGAGCCCGGCAGCAGGAGGAGAAGAGGGCGAGAGCCGUGCUCGUCCCCCAGAGGGGCAGCCCUCGGCGAGAGGUCGGUCCCCUGCCUGGGAAGAGGAGCGCGCAGGAGAGCCGUUGCGCGCCGCGUCUGCUCCUGAAAGGAAUCCGGGGUGGGCGGAGCGGGCUGGGGAGGCUGCAAGGGAAACACCGCCUGCGAGCCGGAGGCUGCUCGCUUCAGCGUGGACGUCCUCAAGGGAGGAGCAUCGGCGGCAGCCUCGGGAGAAAGGGAAGCAGAGCACGCUGGCAUUGGCCGAGGGGACACAAAGGGGCCGCGAGCGGCGGAAGGUCGUUUUCUGCAGGGGAGAUGCUGCGGGCGCGGCGCGGGUGGUAGAAGGGAGAGAAGCGGCCGGAGGAGAGAGGUGGGUACCGCUGAGACGCCCACCGCCCUUUGCUCCAUUGCUCCUUAGGUUGACUCUGGCUUCUGUCGAGCCCCCCACCCGCCCCUCAAAUUAUCUUCUCCGCCCUCAAAUUAUCUUCUGGGACAAGGGAAGCCAGGGAGUUUUGUGAGGGGAGUUGAUCCUGGCUCUGCAACUUGGGCGGCCGAUUGUCUCCCAGAACCAUAGACUUGGAAGGGAACCCCGAGGGUCGUCUAGUCCAGCCCUCUGCGACGCAGGAAUCUCAACUGAAGCAUGCAUCGCGUGUGUUUACAUUUUGUGGAGGGGCGACGGCAAGGAUGAACCUCCCUGUUCUUAUAUCUGCGUUUCAACUUCUGUACGAGUCUUUCUUGGCGUGGCUGCUCCCCUUUGAGACCAGCUUUUUUGCCGUUGGUCUUUUAAAAUCCGAGUUUCCUCACCAGCCAGGGAGGUUGUGCUUCUAAGAGGUUUCCCCCGCCCGCUUUUCUCUGUGGGGUGACCUUUUGUCGAUACUCUUUCCACAUUUCUUCCCUCCAGCUCUCCAAACUGGCUGGGUCCUGCCUUGAAAUCCCUUUCCUUUUCAUGUACCUGGUGCUUCCUUCUUCGCCAAAUGUGCAGCUUGUGCUAUUAUAUGAAGAGCCUGGUCCUAAAAGCAACCAAAACUUUAUUUUGAAAUCUCGUCUCCGCACCUUCUCCGUUUUUAAAGAGAAGUAGGUUGCAAGGAACACCAGCUGUUGUUUUGUCUGGUUUUUAUAGUAUAAACUCCUCCUUUAUUAGUUCCUCUUGUGUGGAGGGAGUUUGGGGUGUAGGAGGAAUUCGGCCAUCCAUCUCUUGCAUCAAAUUUAAGGCAAAAUUUCCCAGCUUACCCCCUUUCAGCUCCCCCUCCCCAGUCAUCAGCUGUGACCCAUUUACACUGCACUUGAAAUGUAAACUGGUUUAGGUAGCUGUCCUAACCCUGCUUACCUAGCUGUAAGCUCCAUUGAAUUCAAUAUGACUUACUUAUGAGUAGCAGUGCUGUUAAUUUCAUUAGUCAGUUGCUUUUUUAAAAAAGGAACUUAAAGUGACAUGGUUAGGAUUGCUCUGUUAGUCCUAGACAAGUGUAAACUAACAACAGCUAACUAUUUGAGCAUCCUCUGCCCUCAGGAUGUGCUGGGUGGGACAGAUGUGGCCCAACACAUCUGUAAGGCACCUGGUUGAUGAAGGCUCCCUUAGGGCCUAUGAGACUUGUUCUGCCCUGUUCCUUAUUGUUUUCCCGUGCCCAAAGGAGAAAAUAUUGUUCUAGGAGUGACCAGAGGACUGUUGGAUAUCCAUAUUGAAGGAUAUGUGGCCUUUACCUACUUUUUCUAGAUGCCCAAUCCAAAGUAUCAGGGAAAGGGCCAUCACUCAGUGCCAGAAGAUCUCCUCAAUUUCAGAAGGCUUCAUAUUCAAUUCUGAACACCUGUAGGUAGGGCUCAGAGAUAUUCCCUGCCUGAAACCGAGACAAUACUGAGCUGGAUGGACCAAGGCUGUAACUCACUAUAAGGCAGCAUCUUGUGUUUCAUUACACUUGUGUCUUGCUUUUCUUCCAAGGAACCCUGAGUGACAUUUUAAACUCAUGUGUGCCCUUGGGAGUUUUGUCGUAUUAUUCUGGAAGACGGGUGCUUCUGACAGAACAAAUCCCCACCAUGCAUUUCUUACUGUAAAAGCAAAGCUUUGGGGGUUGCAAGAGUUAAAGCGUGCCUCCAUCUUCAAAUCAGAAUAAGGCUGUACCUCAGCUAUGAGCAAGGAUUUUCAAAGUUUCGUUGCAGCAAGUUUCCACUAGCCAAAUGGUUUGUAUCUUUCCAAGUGUAAGAAAGACAAACAUCAGUUGACCCACGGAGCUCAGCUUUGUCCCAGGCAUGAAGCCAAGUCUAUUAAUGGUGGGUUUUUUGUUUUGAAAAGAAAACCGGCCUGUUGGCAGGCUUCAAGGUUCUCAAAAAAGCAUAUAAUUAAGUAAAUAUUGAAUGGAGGGGGGGAAUAAGAUGAGCUGUUGUUGUCCCAGUUCACACUUUGCAAUUUUAAGGAGUACACUUAUAGCACCUUAGGGUGAAGACAAUCAAAAGUCUUGUAACAGGAUUUAACCACAGGAUUUUAGAAUUUUCCAGCACUGAACUCAGCUUCGUGUUUGGGAUAGAAGUAUACAGCAAUAGAAGGCCAUAUUAAACUAUAUUUUAUGUUGACAUAUUUUGUCGACUUAAAAUUGUUGAACAAACGCAUCUAUAAUUUGUCAUACCUUGAUCUUAAUUGUAAAGUAACCCCUCAUUUUGUAUUAUUCGGCAGCUCUGACCUGUGGAAUAUAACUAACAGGUUAAGAUCUAUAUGUGCCUUUUGCACUUUACCGUUAAGGACCUUGGUUUCUUAUAAAUCACAAAUGCAAGGAGGAAAAUUAGUUUUAUUUUGCACUAGAGGUUUAAUAGACAGUUAUGCCAUCAAUUUAUGAGAUCCAUGCACAGACAAAGAUAUACUAGAAAUGGUUGAGAAUGUAUUUUCAUAUUUUGUUGGAGGCCGCCCAUAGUGGCUGGGGAAGCCCAGCCAGAUGGGCGGGGUAUAAAUAAUAAAUUAUUAUUAUUAUUAUUGUUGUUGUUGUUGUUGUUGUGUUGAUGUGUUACAGAUUUGUUACAGUAUAGGCUUUUCCGCAUUGCAGCCCAUAUAUCAUUAGAGAUCUGUGUUAUCGUUGCUCAUUUAGCAGAUAGACAUGAUCCUACCUGUCCCAUGUGCUCAGCUGGGCCUGUUUUUUGUCCUGCCACCAGGUGAGGCACAGCUGAUGGGGAAAAGGAGAGAUUGCCCAGAUUAUGGAAUUCCCUGCCCAAUGAGGGCACCCUGUGCCUCAUAGUUUUACUGGUGUAUUAUAGUUUCCAGCGCCAAGUUAAGACGGUUUUUGUAUAUGAACGCAUGUUGGUGUUUACAGCACACUUUUAACUAUGUCAACUUAGAAGUCCUCUUGAAUUCAGUGGGGCUUACUUCCAAGUAAACGGGGUUAGGAUUGCAGUGCAUCUCUGUGUGUGCAUGUAUUCUGUGUUGCUUUCAUUUUCAGUGUUGACGUACUUUUUACGCUUUUAAUUAAUUUAAACAUUUUAAUGUUUAUUUUGAUCUACCUUGAGAACUCAAGAGUGGAAAGGCAGGGUAUAAAUGUUGUAAUAAAUGCCCCAGAACACUCUCCCAAGAGAUGUUAGAAAGCUGCCAGGUUUGUGAUGAGUGGGAGCAGGCAAGCCCAGUUGAGAUAGUAAUUCCUUUCUGUUUUGUGUAGAGGCUUGAGAAGGAAGCUCAUGUCUCCUUGUAUCAAUUUAUGCCCUUGUGGGGGGAGGCUUAUUCUACCCUUUGAUAAUCUACUCCUUAUUAUGACUGAUGUCAUUCAUCAACCUUGAAUGCAGUCAGUGUGAAAGCAUUGUGGUCUGUCUGUAACAAUAUAACUGUAAUGAGAUUUUACAGCUCCCCCCAUCCCCAGAGAGUGACUUUGGGAAAAACAACAACUUUGCAUUGUCUGAUUCUGAGCAUUCUUAUAACCUUGGCUCAUUUUGUAAGGGGUUGCUCAGUCUGCAGCCUGGUAUACCUUGUGGUGAAGGGCGUAGCUCAGGGCUUAGAGCAGAAGGUCUCAGGUUGAAUCCCUAGCAUCCCCUCCUGGGGCAGGGAAAGACUCCUGAUUAUUGCAUAUAAAUGCAAAGCAUAAAUAAAUUGUAUGCUUUUCAGAAGAUGAAUAGAUGGCUAGAAAUUAAAGAGAUCUGGAUCGCUUUCAAGUUAUAUAUGUGUAUGUAUAGACCAAUUUAUUUUUAAAGUCUAUCAUACAAGUCCAAUGGGCAGGUACAACCGAAAGACUAAACACAGAAUAAUGAAACAGCCGAAUUUAAAUUACAUUUUUCGUUACCUUUUAGGAACGCAGGAUUCACCCUUUCAGAUAUAUCAAUUUUGAGGUGACGGGAAGAUUAAGGACUUGCGUCAGGGUUCAGUUGUCUGCUCGUGGGUGUAUUCAGCAUUAAACUGUAGAAAAACAGUACCUUUAAAAAACAUUUGUUGUGAUUUUUAAAAUUAUUAUUAUUUUUUUUCUGUUGAACUUUUAAUGCCAGUGUGAUCAGGAAAAGCUAAAGACUCUUACCAAAAUUUCCGUUUAUCUGUGUAACUGAGACAACGCAGGAACAUAAAAAUGUAAAGGUAAAUGAUAACAAACAUAGAAAAAGUCUAGGAAAAUAUUUCAGAUUCCUAGAUAUUUGUGUCAAAAAUUGACUUACCCAGGCAAUUGGACAUUUGCCACUGGUUCAGCCCCAUCUGAAAGAAAGACUCAACAGUAUUGUAGAAAUGAGUUUUAUUCUUGAAAGUUGUAGGAAGAACGCAGAAAUUAUGCUUACAUUUAAAUGAUUAAAAAUGAAUAGCUGUGUGUGGUCUGCCAAAUUUCUCUCUUUCACAAGUACUUUAAUUUUUGGAGCUUAGACUUUUGAGGGAGAACAUUAUUUCUUAAUACACAACUAAUUUGGUGUCAAUUUCAAUCUGCCAAGAAGAUUUAUUUAAGAGGUUGUAAAUUCACCUCGCUACAUUCCUGCUUGCAAAACAAUUCCUUUAAGGGAAACAGAAUUGAAGCCUCUAAAUUGAGGCUCGUUGUACAAAAAAUUAGAAAUGGGCACAAGGGUUAUAAUCUAAAGAUAAGACUCAUUAGGAAGGAAAUAGAAGGAAGAAAAACUUGAAUAGCUGUUGCACUCUCAUGGGGGAGCCCCUUCAUCAACUACCUUCUUAGUGACCCAGGGUCAGGGGUCUUCUGAUAGAAGUGGCGUGGUCCUAGGUAGUAACAACAUCCAUAUACGUUGUGAAGUGGCUUGAUGCUAAUGGGUGUGAGAUAAUGGAGCUUGAGCUAGUGGGGUCCUUGUAUGUUAAAAAUGGGUCCAGGUUUGGUUUUUUUGAACCUCUUGCAAAUAAUUAUUUUAGUUUCCCAAUAACCUGCCUGUGUGCUAAGAUAAUGUUCUGAGGCCCUUCCCUUGACGCUCCUGCCUUCUAAAGUGAGGCAGAUGUUCACUAGGAAAAUACCGUAUUUUUUGCUCUAUAAGACUCACCUUUUCCUUCCUAAAAAGUAAGGGGAAAUGUGUGUGCGUCUUAUGGAACGAAUGCAGGCUGCGCAGUUAUCCCAGAAGCCAGAACAGCAAGAGGGAUUGCUGCUUUCACUGCGCAGCAAUCCCUCUUGCUGUUCUGGCUUCUGAGAUUCAGAAUAUUUUUUUUCUUGUUUUCCUCCUCCAAAAACUAGGUGCAUCUUGUGGUCUGGUGUGUCUUAUAGAUCGAAAAAUACGUAACCUUCCAGUUGUUGCCCUCUGUUUGUGGAACUCUCAAGUGGUCUCCUUGCUGUUCUCUUAAAAUAUAUAUUUUUUCAGUGCCAGGCAAAUGGCUUUAAUUGCUUUUCGUUGAAAUUUUAGUCUGCUGCUGUUUUUAGUUUUUUUUUAGUUGUGAUUUUGAUUAUAUACGGUAUAUAUUUUAAAUGUAAUUGUAAGCUACCCUAGGACCUCAACUGAAGUGAAAGUCAGGCUAUUGAGAUUUUAUAAAUAAUUGGUGGGUGUUCAGUGUCUUCCCACAUUUUGGGCUACAGCUCUAGCCAAUGAGAAGGAGCUUUUCCAAGUUUGUGAAAGUAAUUUCCUUGAUUUCGCUGAAGCGAGUGAGAAUCUCACUGCCACAAGAACAUUCUUCAUAUUCAAUUUUUUAACCCAAAUGUGUAUUUGAUGUGAGGGAGUUGAAAAACUUAGACCUUCCUUCUGCAUUGUUGAUUAAUCUCAACAAUGGGAUGACAUUGUAUUAUUCGCAGUUGAGUUCAAAUGCAGUGAUAUUUAAAUUUCUGGGCUCUUCUGAGUUGGAUCCGAUGAGACAGAGUUUUUAUAAGCAGGAACAUUUGGCAGGGACACAAGUCAAAACUAUAAUACAAAUGUCUGCUAGCAGAAAAGACUUCAUGACAGCUAACUUGGAGUCUGUUUUGACCAAGCUUUGUGGUUGUGUUUCGCUUUUGCUAGUGAGAGAAAUAUGAUGUGAUCUUCAAUCAAUUGUCCCAGGCUUAGGCUCAUAAAAAUAAUGUGUUCGUGAGGUUUUGAAGUGAAUUAGCUGAGGAUUUCAGCUAUACAAAGUCCUGUGCAUGAGCAAUCUGCUUUACUGUGUGCCGUCAUGUUGCAUGGAGUAGUUUGGUUAUUGGAAACCAAGGAAGCAAUGUUUUGUUCAGUUGACUGUUGAAACUAAUGGACCUAAGUUAGCCAUGUCCAUUAAUUUCUGUGGGUGUCCUUGGAGUAUUUCUAACAUUGGCUCCAUCCCAUGGUGGCUUUUACUUUAAGAAAACCCGGUUCAGUAGAAGGCUGUCUCAAAUAAUAUUCACUUCUGUGUAAUCUUAUUUUUUGCUUUGCACAUUAAAUACAUAUUUGAAAGCAGUUCCUCCAGACAGUGCUGUUGUCCUCAGGUCUUGCUUGUGUGUUUCCCAAAGGCAUCUGGUUGACCACUGUGAAAACAGGAUGCUAGAGUAGAUGGGCCAUUGGCCUGAUCCUGCAAGCUCUUCCUAUGUUCUUAUGCACAGACAAGGUGCCUCCUCCACCCUCCUUGGAGAGCUGUCUUCAAGAGCACGGCUCGGGAACCUUUGGCUCUUCAAAUGUGGUUGGAUCAGUCCCAGUCAGCGUUGCCAAUGGCAAGAGAUAAUGGUGGUUGUAAUCCAAACAAAUUAUAGAGGGCUCCCAAGUUCUCCAUCCUUCUGUACAGUGGUACCUCGGGUUAAGUACUUAAUUCGUUCUGGAGGUCCAUUCUUAACCUGAAACUGUUCUUAACCUGAAGCACCACUUUAGCUAAUGGGGCCUCCUGCUCCUGCUGCCGCGCCGCUGGAGUACGAUGUCUGUUUUCAUCCUGAAGCAAAGUUCUUAACCCGAGGUACUAUUUCUGGGUUAGCGGAGUCUGUAACCUGAAGCGUAUGUAACCUGAAGCGUAUGUAACCCGAAGUACCACUGUAGAGCCUCUGAAGAAGGAGCUGAGCCAUGAAAAGUGAGAAAUCUAGUAUCUCGUGCUGAAAGCAAAUCAUUAAUAUUGCUCAAAGGAAAAAAUAGGGACAGGGAUUUACCAGGGACAGGUAGUAGCACAUAGAUUCUGUCCCCAGUAAAUAGGGGUCUUUGGAGCAUAUGGGAUAGUGAUCCUAUUGUGGACAUGCACUCAAUGCAUUUUAUUCAAACAUGCCAUCUGUUUUCCAGGAUUAAGCUUUUUUGGGGGGAUAGGAACUGGUUCUACAUGGUUGCGUCAAGGGUUGUCCAUUCAAAGCGCUGAUUAGCCCUGCUAAUUCAAACAAUAUUUCAAAUACAACACUGCAAUUAAAAAGUUAGUGGUCAAAUGUCUGCGUGAUAAAGAUGGACAUAGUCAUCUUUAAAAUAUAUGAAAAGGCAGACAGCUUACCUAAAGCGUUGGGGUGGAGGGUGAACAAGAAAACAGAACAGACGGAACCUUUGAUUUGUUGAUCAGUAUGUUUUUAAUUUGUGUUCCAGAUGCAGCAGCAAUCUGAAUAAUAUGCUCUGUUUGGGGGGGGGGAAUGGAAAUGUGCUGUGACUCACAUUUUGUCUGUAAGCACUUUGUAGCAAAUUUUAAACACAGAAAAGAACGGUGUAGGAAGGACAUUUUUCGCCCCUAAGGUAGGAAAUGAUUGUAGGAAGUGUGUUAAUUAUUAGUACAGCACAGCUUUCCCUGACCUGGUGCCAUCCAAAUGUUUUGGACUGUGGCUGGAUCUGAUGGGGGUUAUAGUCCAAAACAUCUGGAGGGCUUCGGGUUGUGGGACAGUCAAAACAAGUCUGAAAGAGGAUGAAAUGUUUUGUGUAAAUCAUGUCUCUGUAUUGGACUGAGGGACUCAUAGACAGUAAUUGAUAAACACUUAAGGUUAGUUUUAGCAUUUGUACUAAGCAAAAGAAGGGGUGUUAAAACACUGCUGCUAAAUUUGUUUAUUUCUUGCAUUUUUUAGUUGUGGGUUUUAAAUUUUCAUUCCGUUCAAAAAAAUAGUUUUUAUCUACUAUGUGUUUUGGAAAGUAUUUUGUUUAUUUGCUAUGCAUUUCCAGCUCUUAUGAUUUAACCAAAUUUUGCAUGAUGGUUCCUGAGAAUCAAGGAGCAGGUUUUCUUCUACGUUUGGAUACAGUUGGAUACCGUUUUGAUUCAAGAUGGCGGUUGAACCUUUCUGAACUGCACAGAUUUUAACAAUUGAUUUCAAAACUGCACUGAUUUUGGGCCGGGGGGGCAUUCUUAGAAUUCCUGAGCAACGUGGCUACAAGUUUGCUAGUCAUUGAUAAUGUAAGCUUCCUUGAAGACCCUAUGGUGAAAAGGCAAAGUUUAAACAAAAAUAAAUGAUAGGAGUGAGAGUAUAAACGAUAAAUAGCAGGUUACAAUAGCAAGAUGCAGAGCAUAUGUUUAAUACAGAAGGAGACAAGAGUGGAAGAUAAGAGGAUAGCUAGGGUGGGAUUGGUAGAAGCCUAAUGGAUUGUGGGAUAACAAGGAGCUUACAUAAGACCGGAAAGACGGGUAGCAAAUAACAGGAAAAGUUGAUAUGGGCAACUGAGGGUAAGACUCAAGAAGAGAAGAUAAGCUUAGUAUCUACUUAAAGGGCUUUCUGUUGUGAAAGCCAGUCUGUCUGCCUUCCUCUAACCCCAGUUAAAUCUGUACCAGGUGCUUUCUUAAAGCCCUGGCUACUAGAAUGGCAUUGGUCCCAGGGUCCAUCUAUGUUUUACGUCCAUAACUUGCACCUGUGACAUACAUUAUACUUUCUGUUUAAAGAGCAAUGUGGAGCACUUUCAACCUUUUGUUUGACAUGCAUAUUGCACCAUCCAUGAGAAACUCCACUGCCUCUUGCAAUGUCCACUGCUAUUGGGACACCAUGGUGUUCAGGUAAUAUUAUGGAAGUGGCUCUUGUGCUUUGUUUUGCUUUGCAGAAGGUUGUGUGUUGUCUCAGUGCCUGCCCUCAAUUGUUAUGGUGUGUGUCAGUCUUGCUGGCAUAAACAAGAUCCCAUUCAACUAAGACCAAUCUGAUGCAUCUGCAAAGAAGCUUUCCCCCUUGCCUUUAGUUUAAUAAUCAUGUGGAAGUACAGGUAGCCUGUUGUUGGCAUCCAUCUGUCUUGAGAGACAAUGGAGUGCGCCUCAGGAGGGGAAGUGAAACUGCUGGGUUAGCAGCACCAAAGUGACUUCCCCGGAUGCAAGCUUGGGCAGUGUGUAAGGCGGUUCCGGGAUGCCCAGAUGACAAGACCCCACUCUCAGCCUCACUGAUGUGGUCCAAAGGAAAGCAGAGCAAUGUUUGGGACCAGUUUGGCUGCAGGAGUUGCUGGAAAGAGGCGUACAAGGCACCAUCCAACCAUCUUAGGGACUCCACUCUGGAACAGGGUUUACUCCUUAGUCUUUUCUUCUCCGGAUGAUAACCUGCAAGGCAAUGGAGGUUUAGGGUCAUAGUUUCCUUCUCCUAGAUGGGCUAGCUUCCGAGGUUGAUGAGCCCCAUCUGCCCCUCACUUCCCUCUACAGCACAUGCAGAAACCAUCUUCUUGACCAUUGGACCUGUUAUCUCGUCCGCUCAAUCUAUGGGAACCUGUCUUCACAUGCAGGGGAAGUCCCUAACACACUGAGGGUUUGUGGCAGGUAGCACAAGCAGCAAAAAGGUAUCUUAGUUUGUGUGGUCAUGGCUGCCCUGCUUUUUCUGGAGUGUGUGCAUUUCCCUGCACCUGCUUUGUGGCCAGAUUUUGGGGAUGUCUUUGUAGGCAGGUUGUCCAUGGGCACUGCUCCAGAAGAUAUGUUAAAAAUGCAUCCAAAACUUGAAAAGAUUUUUGCUUAAAACUUAAAAGCCUUGAUAAUUCAUCUUCCCUGCCUUCAGAACGAACAGGGAGAUGUUGUCUUGGAUGAAGUGUGCCGUACUUACAGUUACUGGAGUUUGUUACGAUUUUAGUUUUGCUUGCAGCUGAGAAGAGAGGGCAGGAAGAUUCUCCGUAUUAUUUUCCAGGCAGAUGCUUAUAAGUUCCUAGCUGCCUGAUUUUAAAAUGAAAUUUAAACCAUGAGCCCUUGGGAGUUGCUGAGGUCAUUCUCUAAGCUCAUUACCACGCACCAGAAUUACAUUUGCUAACCCCGCCACUACUUAAUUCGUUUUUUCCACCUGCAUAUUCAAUUUGUGAAAUUAACAUUAGCGCUUGCCUAUAAAUGAAACUCGUAUGCAGAUGCUGUUUUUCUGCUUAUCCUGUUGAUAGGGUUUGUUUUUUUAUCCAGAAUCCUCCAUUAUUUGCUCUUUGCCUCCAGCUCAAUUAAGCUCCAGCAACAGUGGGGUCUCACAAGAGCAGGUGGCUGCGUGCUUGACCGGUGCAGGACACUGAAGCAGUUGGUGCCGCAGAAGUUUCCAUUAUAAAUAGUUGUGUUGUGCUAAAUACAGGCCCUACGUUAAAACUCAGUAUAACUGGCAUGGCACACCCAAGACAUUCCUCUAGGUCACUAAUGUGGAGAAUGAACUUCAGGAGACAUCUCCUGGUCCAGAUACUACUGCCUGAGCCACUACUGGAACUCUCGAUGAAAUCAAUGUCAGCCUUAUGCAACAGUAGAAUUAAGAAUGUAAAACCAACUGUACUUGGUGAGGUCAGUGGUCCAUCCAUCCCACAGUUGCCUUCAAACGGGACCUAGAGCUGGGCAUGCCCUUGCAAAAUGAGAUUCUUUUGGGGAAGCUUCUGCUUCUCUGGCUGCUAUAGAAGUUAUAUCAUUAUUAUUAUUUUGUUUGAAUCUCAGAACAGUAAAUGCAGAUUAAAAUUUAGGAGAAUGUAGCUGAGGGAGCAGCCAUGAUCUCCAUGGUGGAAUUCCCCCUGAAAAUAUGUCAAGAGCCUGCUAUUCAAAGGGAUGGAAAAAAACUUGCCCACUGCUUAGAGCUCGGUCAGUUCUUCCUACAUGAAUCUUAAAACAGGUUUGUUUUUUGCCCAAUUCUUCGGGGCGUGGGUGGGGUGGAAUCAGCAGCAGGAGACUGGGGGCAAAACUGGAUGGACAAGAGGUCCACGUUCUUACGUCUGGCUGGUUUGGCCAUGAGACGGUAAGGAUUGUGUGAUAAGCAUCUUUGUGCCAGAAGUGCAGUUUGGCUUGGCUUAAAGACAGACUUAAUUCCUCUUAGUUCCAGCUGUUGGUGUAGCCAAGAAUGCUUCCAGAACGGAAAUUCUUGGCUGUGCCAAAUGAAAAUCUGUCUUCAAGGAGUUUGGUGAUGGAGGAAGGAGGCUGUCUAGUUUCCAUUUUCUCACUAGCUCUCCCUCUCCUCCAAAGCUACUUUGUUGGAUAGAAAUGGAUGCAUGGCAUGCUGUACUUCUUAAACAACCACCACCACCAUGGUCAAUUAGUUCAUUUCAAAAGGAUACAACAUUGAGGCAAACCCCAGACUUUUAUACUCCCUCGCUCUCUUUCUGUCUACAAGCUGUCAACAUUCCACUCUUACGUAAUGAUUUGUGCCAUGCCGUGAAUGCUCAAGGAACUGAGCACCUAAAACAACACAAAUCUCACAGAUCAGCAAAGUGCCCUGGCGUGGGUGUUGCUCAGAGCAGCGGGUGAGAGGCCAGCUCCUCUGGACACUCAAAAAGAGGUAUGUGGUAGGAAGCUGGGUUUGUUUACAUAAAUGAUUUGAAUCUUCGCCCCGUUGUAUUAAUUUCAGGCCAUUCUGCUGUUUCUCUUGAUGUAGAAAUCACUCUCUCCAGCCAUCUCUCUCCAGCUGUUUGAUGUAUUACAUCUACAGUAUAAUGCUGACUGACCCUUAAAAUGUUACGGUCAAGUCUCCCCUGGCGGGUGUUCUCUGGUACAUGGGCUGCGAGUUACAACACAAAUUUUCCCUUUGGUUUUUAGGUCUGUACAAUAAAUUUAACCUGAGCUGACUGUUAGGGCUUUUUAAAAGAGAUUUAGAAACACAAUAUUUUCUCCCCGCCUCCCUCCAGUGAAAGGAAAUUUGGAAGGAGUUCAUGUAAGAAGAAGGCCUUUGAAGGCUUCUAGAGGGCUGUGUUCUGCCCUCCAUGUUUUGAGGUGACAGCAGGAGGGGGUGGUGCUCUUCCGAUCGAAUCCUGCUUGUGGGUUUACCACAGGCAUGUGAGUGGCCACUGUGAGAACAGGAUGCUGGACUUAGAUGGGCCACUGGCCUGAUCCAGGAGACUCUGCUUACAGUCUUACAUUCUUUAAGGAGAUUGGGUUCUUCCUCCUGAGAUUCCCCUAGCAAGGGUGGGGAACUAUGGGACGGAUCCAGCCUUCAGCCUCUCUUCUGCUACCGCAGCCUGCCCAAAGCCUCCCUUUCUGUUUCCCACCAGAUGGGCAAGAGGCACUUCAUGGGAAGCUGUUGCCUCAACAUACCCCAGCAGUGUGGUGCUCACCGGGUAGAGAAGUGCGUUGUGAGAAGUUAGAAUUGUCACUUCAAAUCCACUGCAAACUUUCCUCCAGUUAAAAACUACGGAUUCUUUAUGGUUGGAGUUUUAUGCAUCCAACCAUCAUGUACUGAACAAAGAAACCAUCAAAUAUACAGGAAGGCAGAAGUGAAUGGAAGAAGAAUAGAAGGAAAACCUGGAUCACGGGAUACUCAAAACUUUUUCUUAUAAACACAAUCCCACAACACAGUUGGAGCGUAACUACUCUGUAAAGAAGUUGAGUAUGUGUUUCUGCUUUCUGGAGUUAGUGCUGGCAUUGGGCGGAGAAAGGCGUUUUGGACAGAAAAUUGUGGUGGCUAAUCUGCUUUAGGCAGUUAUGGUUAUGGUUCCAACACGGUUAUAGAGUUGGAAAACUGAUAGCGGUAGCCACUCUGCACAACUGAAUGAGUUUGGGGAUGGACUGUACCUCAGUGGUAGAGCACAUCCUUUGCAUGCAGAAGCGCUCCAGGGUCAGUCCCCAGAUCUUCAGUAGGGCUUGACAAGACUCCUGGCUGAAUCCCUAAGGGCUGCUGCCAAUCAGUGUGGACCAGCCUCACCAAACCUAGUAUCUUCCAGAUGUUGUAGGACUAAGGUUCCCAUCACCUCCUGAUCAUUGGUUAUCCGGGCUGGUGCUGUUGGGAGCAAUAUGUGGAUGGCCAUGUGUUCCCCAUCCUUGGGGUAGAGGCUCCCUGAAGCCAAGGAUCAAAACUUCUUGACUAUUGGAAGAAAAACGUCUGACAACAUCAGAAGGGUGCUAGGUUGGGCAAUUCUGAGAUCCAGCACCGAGGGCCUUCUGGCGGUUCCCUCAUUGCGAGAAGUGAGGUUACAGGGAACCAGACAGAGGGCCUUCUCAGUAGUGGUGCCUGCCCUGUGAAACGCCCUCCCUUCAAAUGUGAAGCGAAUAAGCAGCUAUCUUAUCUUUAAAAGACAUCUGAAGGCAGCCCUGUUUAGGGAAGUUUUUAAUAUUUAAUGCUGUAUUGUUUUUAACACUCGAUUGGGAGCCGCCCAGAGUGGCUGGGGAAACUCAGCCAGAUGGGCAGGGUAUAAAUAAAUUAUUAUUAUUAUUAUUAUUAUUAUUAUUCGAGUGUGUUCACAUUUUGUUCAGCUUUGAACCUGGAAUUUCUUAUUUGGUGCUUUUUACCACUGUGCUGGGCUGUUAACCUGUCAUCAGCACCAGGCAGCGCAGCCAGUGAUCAGAAAUAAUGAGAACUGUAGCCCAAGCACAUUUGAGAACGCCAUGUUGGCUACCCUUAACCUGCUCAAAUACCAUAUUUUAAAUUUAGGCGCUUAAAAGGGGGAAAGAGAGAGAGAGAGAGAGAGAGAGAAGAAAAGUCCUAGUUCUACAAAAUGCAAAAGGAGAAAAGAAUGGUGGUUGAAUGUUUGAUAUCAGUGCUUACUAGGAAUGUUGACUCUCAUAUUUCCACUUCUCUUGCCUUCCUCCCCUUUGCAACUGACUUGUUUUAGGCUGAGUCUUAUACUAUGGGAUGGGUGAGGAAGAGAACAAAUAUGUGUCCCAGCUGAAGGACGUGUUCAACAGCUGUGAUGCCACAGGCACCGGGUAUUUGGACAAGGAAGAGCUGACCGAGCUAUGCCGCAAGUUACACCUGGAGAGGCAGCUACCCCUACUCCUGGAGAACCUCUUGGGAAAUAAUCUCUUUGCCAGGGUAAGUAGGCCCAAGGCCUCUGCGCCUGACUGUUUUGAAGGAGCACUUCUCUCAUAACGGUUUAAAAUGGCAAUCUUGUCUCCCGGCCCUUCCCCACCAGUUGUUCCCAUCCGUGCAUAGAAUUCUCAGCUGGUCACUCUUCAUCCUUCCUGUCUGGCCCUGAACACUUUUAAAUCCCAUUGGUGCCUCCUAAAGGCAAGCCUAGGGGCAUAUUUUCCCCCCAAAAUUGCACCACUCGACAUGUCUGUGUUGAAGUGGGAUAGGAUGCCGUCCCUGCGCUUUUCAGGGAGACCUAAAUAAACCCUGUCCCACUUAUUUUCCGAUGGACAUUAUGGAAUGUGGCCUAAACUUCCCUCUUGUGUCAUUUUUUUUAACUGUCCCACUUUGGGCAUGGCUUGUUCUUCUCUCCCGGUUGCAAAGCCUUUGCAAAGCCUAGGAUGUGAUUAGGGGGAUCCUAGCGGGUGGCACUGUGGGUUAAACCACAGAGCCUAGGACUUGCCGAUCAGAAGGUUGACGGUUCAAAUCCCCGUGACGGGGUGAGCUCCCGUUGCUCGGUCUCUGCUCCUGCCAACCUAGCAGUCUGAAAGCAUGCUAGUGCAAGUAGAUAAAUAGGUACUGCUCUGGCGGGAAGGUAAACGGCAUUUCCGUGCGCUGCUCUGGUUCGCCAGAAGCGGUUUAGUCAUGCUGGCCACAUGACCCGGAAGCUGUACGCCGGCUCCCUUGGCCAAUAAAGCAAGAUGAGCGCCGCAACCCCAGAGUCGGGCACGACUGGACCUAAUGGUCAGGGGUCCCUUUACCUUUACCUUUAACUCCUUUAGUGUUCACAUCCCUGUUGCCUACUGUGCAGUCAUCCCUUCAGAUCUUUCUUUUCCAAGUCGCAGAAAGCAGUGUCUCAAAAUGGUGGUGGUGGAUUUAUGCUGUUUGCUUCUGCAAAAACUAGCACCUUACAAGGACAGUACUUUGUAGGUGCAUACAAAGGACUGACCUAGAUGGUCACAGAAGCUUCUUAUCUCCACCAAAAAGCAACAUGCUUUGGAAGAUUAAUAAUAAUAAAUUUUUAUUUAUACCCCGCCCUCCCCGGCCAGGGCUGGGCUCAGGGCAGCUAACACCAAAUAUAAAUUAUAAUAAAACAUAAUAGGGAAAAAAACAGUUAAUUAAAAUAUGGCUUAAAAUGCAGCCUCAUUUUAGUAAAAGGUAAAGGUAAAGGGACCCCUGACCAUUAAGUCCAGUCGUGGCCGACUCUGGGGUUGUGACGCUCAUCUCGCUUUACUGGCCGAGGGAGCCGGCGUACAGCUUCCAGGUCAUGUGGCCAGCAUGACUAAGCCGCUUCUGGUGAACCAGAGCAGCGCACGGAAACGCCGUUUACCUUCCCACCAGAGCGGUUCCUAUUUAUCUACUUGCACUUUGACGUGCUUUCAAACUGCUAGGUUGGCAGGAGCAGGGACCGAGCAACGGGAGCUCACCCUGUCACGGGGAUUCAAACUGCUGACCUUCUGAUCGGCAAGUCCUAGGCUCUGUGGUUUAACCCACAGCGCCCCCCGCGUCCCCAGUCUCAUUUUAGUAGUAGCCCAUAAAUCAAGACCAUAAAGGGAGGAAACAUCAGAUAUUCACCUGAGCCAGCUAUCCAUGCUGGUCCUACAUGGGCCAGCAAAAAAAAAACCAAGGGAAAAUUUAUAUACCACAUCCCAUAUAAGGGGUCAGAGUGAGUCUAAGCUGAAGGCCAGGCGGAACAGCUCCGUCUUGCAGGCCCUGCAAAAAGAUGUCAAAUCCCGCAGGGCCCUGGUAUCUUGUGACGGAGCGUUCCACCAAGUCAGGGCCAGUGCAGAAAAGGCCCUGGCCCUAGUUGAGACCAAUCUAAUCUCCUUGAAGCUCAGGUUGUUAUUUAUGGACCUUAAGGUCCUCUGCAGGGUAUACCAGGAGAGGCAGUCCCAUAGGUAUGAGGCUCCUAGGCCAUAUAGGGUUUUAAAUGUCAAAACCAGCACCUUAAACCUGACCCUGUACUCCACUGGGAGCCAGUGCAGCUGGUAAAGCACUGGAUGAAUGUGAUCCCACGGCAAGGACCCUGUAAGGAGCCUCGCCGCGGCAUUCUGCACCCGCUGGAGUUUCUGGGUCAGCUUCAAGGGCAGUCCCCGCGUAGAGCGAGUUACAGUGAUCAAGUCUGGAGGUGACCGUUGCAUGAUUGUCUGAAUGCAACCAAGAGAAUACAGAACUAUCGUACAGAAGUAUGGAGUAGUCUUCGUCUUCAACAGAAAAUGUUACCUGGUAGCUGUUGGUUGCAUUCAGACAAUCUUCCAAAGCAUGUUUUGUGUGUGUGUGUGUGGAGAUCAGAAGCUUCUACUUCUUUGUGUCCAAGUACACUAAACCUUGGUUUGGUCAAAAUAUAACUUGCAUACAAACCAGGACCUCCAAAUGGAGAGCCAGUGUGGUGUAGUGGUUAAGAGCGGUAGUCUCGUAAUCUGGGGAACCGGGUUCGCGUCUCCGCUCCUCCACAUGCAGCUGCUGGGUGACCUUGGGCCAGUCACACUUCUUUGAAGUCUCUCAGCCCCACUCACCUCACAGAGUGUUUGUUGUGGGGGGGGGAAGGGAAAGGAGAGUGUUAGCCGCUUUGAGACUCCUGAAGGGGAGUGAUAGAGCAGGAUAUCAAAUCCAAACUCUUCUUCUUCCUCUCCAAAUGUCCUGGCUCACUGCUGCUCAUUCCCAAUCCAGGAUGGCUUAGGAUCUUAGUUUAUGAACAAUCCAUAGUUUAUUGCAUUUGGACACAAAGGCAAAUUAUGGUGUGCUGUUAAGUAUCACCUUCCAGUCUCCUCCCCUUGUAUUAUUGGAGAAGAGGAGAAAUGGUUUGACUGCAGCUCACUGCUGUAUUUAUUCUCAAUCCUCCAAGCCAGUUACGUGGCCCAAAUCUUUUGGUGUAGAAGCAAAGCUCUGUUUGUUCUUUUGUUUUAUGUGACUAGCUUUCUAAAGUUCAAACUAAUUUCCUAUGUAAGAGAAUUCAUGGGCAUCCUUGCUGGGUUUUCAGCAGAGAGUUAUAAAUUGUUGCCUGUCUUUUCUAAAUUGGGACCUGGAUUAAUGGAACUUGCAAGAAGCUGGAAGCAUGUUCUCUGUUAACAAAAGUUGCACUUUUGAACUGACUGAGGGUAUUGUUCCCAUUCUUACAAAUGAUCCUGCAAAGGUUUCUGCCAAUCAAAUAUUCUCAGUCUCUCAAGUGCAAAAAUACAGUGACUUCUUUUUCUUACUGUAAAGAAUAAGAAAGAUAAGGGUGACUGAUUGCAAUAGUCAAAACGGUUAAUAGAAAGAACAUGGAAAUUCUAGUAUCUCGGAAUGUUUGUUAAUAGAAUGCAUGUAUAUUUCUGGUGUGAAAAGUUGAAAUCUCUACCCCAGACCAAUAGAGCAUUUUUUUAAGGCUUGUUUAUGGGACGAUAGCUUAGUAAAGUAAACAUUUAAGUGUGGUUUUAUGUAUAUUUUGCUGAUUUUAUCCUUAUAUGUUAUACUCCGCCUUGAUUUCUUUUUAUGAAAUACACACACACACACACACACACAUUUGCACCCCUACCAUAACUGCUGAAGCUCGACAACAUUCCAAUUUGAUCCCGUUAACUAUCUACUCAUUUUCAAAGGAGAAUUACCCUUUGAAAUUACACUUGUGUACUUAUUGUUCAGGUGGCAUCUUAAAACACCUUGGUGAAUCAAAAGCCAGACCAAAUAAACACUUUUGCUUGCCACAUUGGUGCCCAAGCUACAGUGCCCUGGAACGGUACGUUUUCUAGUGGUGGAGUCUGUAAGAGCUUAGCAAUCAGCAGUCUCCUUUUAGGCAGCUAGCAUCUGGUGUAUUGCAUUCAUGCUGGUGCCUCUCUUUAAAACCAGAGUGCCAGGGCAGUGAUGCAAAAUGCAUGGGUGUAUUGCUCAUUCCCCAAACCUGAUGAAUAUCAGUUCCUGUCAGGUGAAUUAAAUUUGGUCUUUGAGACCUCAUCAAACAUUAGCAACAUCCUCCAGUAGGGGUAGGUUCUGGAGUAACUGAACGAGAACAAGAUUGUGCUGGGAAUCAGUGCUGCCCUGUUUACCACCAGAUCUUCUUUAGCUGGAUUGGCAAAAGUGACAGUACACUGUCAGUGUAGACAAUAUUGAGCUAUGUGGACCAAUGGUCUGAUUCAGCAUAAAGCAGAAACAAGAACUGGUAUACACCUGACUUAACAAUGUCUUGUCUGUCCACUCCUAGGUUAACUUUGAAGAGUUUAAGGAAGGCUUUGUGACCAUAUUGUCCUCAAGCAUCAGUCUUGGUCUUUCAGAUGAUGAGAGCAGUUACCUGGAACCAGGUGGGUGAAGAGUGGAGGGUGAUAAAAGAUUACUUGUUUUGGAUUUACUGCUUUCAAGUUCCUUUGUUUACAGUGCGCUAUUGACCACUAAGCUUAAGUAUGCUGUAGAGCAGAGCUGCAAUCAGAUUGGUGAUCCUGAUCUACAAUUGUGUUUCCAACUCUUAGCUGUUCCGGAUGAAGUCGAGCCUAAAUACAUCCAUGGGGCCAAGUGGUACGGCCGCCGGACGAGGCCGGAACUGCAGGGCGCAAGUCUGGAAACUCCCAAGUAUUUACAGGAGCAGCAAGCAAAGGCAAAUGGGAAAAGUCAGCUGAGACGCUCAGCAUCUUUGGAGAGUGUGGAGGUGAGGUCGAGUCUCUUGAGUUUUACUGUAUGUUACUUUAGAAGAAGCAGCCUUGUAAACAUGAGGCUUCUUUCAUAGUUCAUGCUUACCCAGAAGUUCAGAAGUUUCCAAAGCCUGCCCAGCAAAUAUUAGGCUCAGAUAUGAAGGCAGUGAAUGUGUCAUUGCAGAGGAGGUGUUUGCAUGCUUCUGUGGGAUGUAAUCCACUGGGAGCAGUCAAAUACAACAUUCCUUGUUUUGCUAGAGUGGACGUGCAAGGGAAUGUUUAGUCCAGCAAGUCAAAAACUUCCUGUUCCUCCUGGCCUGGAGCAUCCUUCCUUACAUGUGAUUAGUGGGUGGGCAUGACCUUUCCAGACCUGGUAAAAGGCCAAGGCAUGCUUCUACUCUCCCUCUUUUCCAUCUUCCUUUCGUCUGGCAAACUUCCUGGAUGCUAACUGCAGUCACUAGGUCAACCCACAUAUGGGGUAAACCUGUUUGUAUAUGCUUGUAAGCCUGCCUUCAGGGAUCACACUGUGCUCUGCCUGAUUGUAAGACUGUGGUGUCUUUAUUCUUUUAGGAGGGAUUCAAGGGGUCUUACCAGGAAAAUAUUAGAACACAUUUCAGUCUGGACAAGCCAGAUUGAAUUGCGUAUUGUCUUAAGAAACUCACAUGAGUUUGCAACUGUGUUUUCUGCUGUGUAAAGGGGAAUUCACUCUGCUAAGAAAAGGAACUUGCUGAUGCAAGUUAGGAAGGAUAUUAAUAAACAAUAUAUCCUCUCCUGCCACCCUGAACAUUCCCACAGUUUCUGUAUCCAAAGCCAGCAUCCAGGAAGCUGAAGUUACUUAGGAUAAGGCUGGAGAGAACCAGUGCAUCUCAGAGACAAGUGGGGUUGGGGCCAGCUCAGCAUCCAGCAUGCUCUCAGUUGCCUGUCUCUCUGGAGGGAGCCCCUUUCUGGCAGGAGAAGUCACUUAGCAGGAGGUGUCUGACUAGGUGUAUGCAGUAUUGCAGGAGCAGAACACCCCUCUGCCAAUCUGCUUUGACCCUCUCCUGGAUCUAGCUGUCCAUUCUUCAGACGACUGAUCUCCUCCCCGGGUGCAGAUACUUCUUGGGAUCCUGAUUCCACCUGCUUUAUUCCACUCGGAUCCUCCCCAGGGUCGUUCUGGUCACCUCCCUGAGCUCCUCCCAUUCUUCCUCAGGAUCUGACCAUCCCCUCCAGGACACCUCCACAAGACUCACGAUAAUCCUUAAAAAAAAAAGCUCGGCUCUUUAGCUUGCAUGAAACAGUGAAUCCUUCUCUUAUUUUCAGAGCCUUAAAUCAGACGAAGAGGCCGAAAGCACAAAAGAACAACAGCAUGAGAUGUUUGAGGGUCAAGGUAGGAGAAACCUAAAUUCAAAAUGCAUGUUUAAAAAAAUUAGAACGGGUUCUCUCCUUUUGAAAGAAGGAAAGGAGAAAAAGCAAUACUGAGGAUGGAAACUUUCCUUCUUUAACUCUCUGGUCAUCUGAUUUCAAUCAGUGACUUUAAGGACAGGGUGAUAGUUCAGUAACAAAAUCCAUUUUUUACAGGUAGAAGGUCCCUGAUAUUUCCAGUUAAAUGUAACAGGAAGCAAGUGGUGGAAAACAACCUUUUUCUGAGACCUUGGAGAGCCACUGCCUGUCAGAGUAGGCAUAAGAAGCUGCUUUAUCCCUAGUCAGACCUUUGGUCCAUCUUAGCUCAGUAUUGUCUACACUGACUGGCAGGUGGCUCUCUGGGGUUUGAGGAAGGAGAUUAUUUCCAGUCCUACUUGGAGAUGCUGGAAUGGAACCCAGGACCUUCUGCGUGCAAAGUCCUUCUCCCAGUUCAGUACUGGGUGAAGUGGACCAGUGGUCCAACUUGCUAAAAGACAACUUGAUAACUUCAGCACAUCAGUAUUCUUUUUUCACUAGUUGUUAAAACAAUCGCCCUAAACUUUUCUUUCCUCAGAUUUAUUAUGGGGCUAACGUUUAGCAUUGAAAACUAUUGCUUGUUUAUUUAAAUCCCACCUUUACUCCAACGAGCAAUACAUGGUUCUCCUCCUUCCCAGUUUUAUCCUCACAGCAAUCCUGUGAGGUAGGUUCAGCUGAGUGGCAAUGACUGGCCCAAAGCCACCCAGUAAACUCUGCGGCUAAAUAGGGAUUUGAACCCUGCUCUAACAGGUCCCAGCCCAACAUUCUGACCACUAUGCCAUGCUUACGUUGUUUGGAAAGAUGCAGUUAGAGGAUAAGGGAGACUGAUGAAGCAGACAGGUCAAUAUUCUUCUGAGAAUGCUUUCAUGCAUUCCUGGGGAAAUCCCAUUUUAUUUCAUUGUGUUAUAUACUUCCAUCUACAGUGGAAACCCUACUUACGUUGUAAACAAAUGCAAAAUCAUUUGUAUAUUUUGUACUUGAAGGUUCGCAGAGCAUUGGAGUCUUGUACACAGGGCAAAUAUUGGAGGAAGCAAUUUUGAAAAAUUAAGUCUACAGAGGAGAGUGGGAUUCUCUGUUAAAUGGCUGAAGGCUUGUGGAAAGAGCAGUCUUUGCUAUGACUGACGGAAUAAUUUAAAGAUAAAAUGCUGCUCUUCUUGCUUAGUGGAAUUUCUUUAUAUUUACAGGGCGAAGGUGUACCUGGCAUGAUGACCUCUAUGAUAGCCCCAGAAAGGUCUCCCCCUCGUGUUUUGGCAUGACUGAGAAUCAGGUUCGGGACAUCUGGGAAGAUCUUGGCGUUGGGAAGAACGGGCACCUUAACAAACAAGAGCUGGCUACCGUUUGUAAGAACAUUGGACUCAAAGAGAUGGAAAAAGAGGUGGGGUAAAUUCAGCUGUUGGAAAUCGUUUGGCCAAGUAUUGAAGAUAGAUAGAUAUAGAUCUAGAUCUAGAUCUAGAUCUAGAUAUUAUUCCCAGAGCUUCUUGACCAAGUGGGUCUUCUCAGUCCUAGUCCAACACUAUUAAUUACUGUACCAUACUGGCAUUUCCCCAUGUUACAUUUUUGUAGAUGUUGUAGUACCACACUCCUUUUUUUCUGGCCAGAAAGACCACCAAGGUGGUGCUGCAGCUUUUUGUUGCAGUCCUCAAAGAAGCAGAAGAGAUGCCAGGGCAAGAGUGCUGCCGCAGUUGCCCACUAACUGCAAAGAACUUGAAAGCACUAACAAUAAUGUGCCUGCUCCAAGUCUUUAAGGUUGGGUAGACUUUAUUAAAUUUUGGUCACAACCUGGUGAGCUGCUGUGGUAGGCUGCCUAUUGGUACUGUUGGAACAAAUCAAUGUAUUUUGAUGUGGGGGGGCAUUAUUUGGAGUAUUUGUGUUGUGUGUUUCUCCCUGGUAGUAGGUUCACCUUCCAAAAGGCAAUUUAUUCCUCUUAAUGACUAGGCAGUAAAAUGACUGUUUUAGGGGAAACUGUUCUGCUUCCAAGAGCAUUUAUUAGUUAAAAUUGUUAUAAAAUACCGCUUCUUGUAUUUUUUUUGGACAGCAUAAAAUGGUCAAAUUCCUCAGGUAAUUUUUUUCCUAAAUAUAAUGUCUGAUACUUUGUGAUAGAUUGCUUUUUACAAAUGUUUUAUUCAGGAUCUCGAAGAUUUGUUCAACCAGUUGGAUAGUGAUGGAGAUGGCAGAGUAAGCUUAAAGGAGUUCCAGCUUGGCCUGUUCAACCACAGCCCCAUUCUUUGCCCUAUUUCUUCCACACCUCUCAAACCAAGAUGUCAGAGAUCACCAUCCCACCAGGUAACGGUCAAAGCAUAAUUUCUGAGAGACUUCCUUCAGAAACAUAGUUUUAAGGCUCAAAAUCUGAAACCAUUCAGAGGACCUCCGGCAGUGCCUUUUCACGCAGAGCUGUGUUAUGACACACGGGAAGCCAUGUUUUCAUGCUGUGUGACUAAGCUGCAACAUGCUUUUUCGCAUGCAUAAGGGAGACGACUGGAACCACCUGCUUUCUGUUUCAAAGUUCUCAGUGACCUCCAAAUUUGGGGAAAUGUGACUUUCUAAAGCAAGCCACAUUCUGAAACCAUUGCUGCCUCCUGAAUUGUUAUCACUAGCAGUGGUUUAAAUAAACAACAGUUUCCAAAGUUCAAAUGUUGUGAGUGACCGUGGUUAGUUGCAAACCAGAAACGGAAGUUUCCCAUUUCCUCUUCCUCGUGCACAUAAUGGGCAACUGUGGUUUACUGCUGCAUAUGAGAACUAGGCUAGAAUGUCUUGAACUGACCUUCAAAUGCAAAAGGUGACCUGAAAGAUUCAGAUGCCAAGGACUGUUUUCAUUUACUCUACUUUUUAUGAUCCCUGGAAAGCAAAGCAAAGGCAGAAUUUAGCAGACUUCAUCUUAUUAAUGUUGGAAUACUGACAGGGAGACAAAGUCCAUCAUGGCCCCCAAGCCGGCUGCCAGACGAUCCAUCGAUCUCCCGUAGAUACAGUAUCAGCAAUUAGCGACACGAGCUUCCAGAAAUAGCUUGCCACGUUCUAGAGCCGAUGCACACUCUCUAUCAGCAAAUAAUGCACAGCCAAAGUCGCACUCAGGAGAGCAUUAUUUACAAGUUUUAUUCAGCGUUGAUCAGAACAAAGAAAAACAUGACUGCCUGCUUCAGUGUCUCCAGACACACAGAGAGAAACGAAAGCAAUAGAAAAACAUAAACUUCCUGUGAACAGGAAAUGCGCAGACUCUGUGACUCACAAAGCCUGCUCCCUUUUAAGGUGGAACGGAAAUAUCCUAACAAUUAAUUCAGUCUGAAGUAUUGGAGUGGUGUGUGGGAUCUCCGAGUUGCCUUUUCUAGCCUAAAAGGUAAAGGUAAAGAGACCCCUGACCAUUAGUUCCAGUCGUAGCUGACUCUGGGGUUGUGGCGCUCAUCUCGCUUUAUUGGCCGAGGAAGCCGGCAUACAGCUUCCAGGUCAUGUGGCCACCAUGACUAAGCCGCUUUUGGCGAACCAGAGCAGCGCACGGAAACGCCGUUUACCUUCCCGCCGGAGCGGUACCUAUUUAUCUACUUGCACUUUGACGUGCUUUCGAACUGCUAGGUUUGGCAGGAGCAGGGACCGAGCAACAGGAGCUCACCCUGUUGCGGGGAUUCGAACCGCCAACCUUCUGAUCAGCAAGCCCUAGGCUCUGUGGUUUAACCCACAGCGCCACCCGCGUCCCUGCAAUAUGGCCUAGUGCCUGUUUAAUGAGAGAGUUGCUUACCCGAUAUAAAGCUCAGAUAUAGAGUAAUCCCAUCCAGUAGGAGCUAUGAACACACCCUAGUUAAAGCAGUUGGUGCAGAAAAUCCUAAGUACCCAUGCGGAUGUAACCCAGAGUAAUAAUUCACACUGGAGAAUAAGCAGCUUUCCAAUGGUGGCUCAAAAUAAACAAAUAAAUAGAGUACUGUUUACAGAGUUCAGAUGGGCUGCAUGCAUCUGGCUACUAGGUAAUCCUUCUGGUCUUCCCAGCUUGAAACAAGCUAAUUCUGUUUAGGUGGAGGAUUAGAGAACUGGUUUAAACUUAGGUAAGUCCUUACAGUGCCUCCUUCUGCUCACCUUUGGACAAGCUUUUUGAAGGCAUUUGUUUUUACAUACGAUCACAACUGAUAUUAAAAUGCAAACCCUGGUAGCUGCGAACAACCAACUUCCUUUAUUUAUAGAUGCAUAAGGAUGUUCUUCAAUGGUAAAAACAUGUUGCCUUUCAGGUCUCACUUGAUUGCUACACUGUUUGUCUAAACAGACUUUUCUUUCUUUUCCUCCCUCCAUCGCUUCCCUCCCCAAUCCGCCCCCAGAUUUUCAAAGACGGUGCGCACAGAAGCACAACUCCAUCCUUCUUAUCUGGCUCCGUGGCCUUGAAUCUUUUCUCCAGCAUUGAUGACGGCAGUGGCUUUGCAAGACCUGAGCAAGUUGUCUCCAUCUGGGCCCAGGAAGGGGUUGAAAACUGCAAGGAGAUCCUUAAGGUUUCUAGCUGCUCCUUACAGAUUACGAAAGCUUUGGUUUUCCUUUCAUCCCAAGAAGAAGCAUUUUCCCCCCUUCUCUCUCUCCCCCCCCCCCCCGCAUCCCUUUUUCCCACUAAAGAUCCCAGUGAUGAAUUGCAGCACCUUCAUAUUAAUUAGCAUCCGUGUGACACAUUUUAAGCUACUCAGAAAGUAGUACAACAGUGGCACCCUACAAAGAACCCUGGGAAUUGAAAUUCUUCCCCUUCUUGUUUUCUUUGCUCCAAGCUGCAUUAACCCAUCUGUUGUUGACCCUUUUUCUCUUCCUUCUGCCCAAGGUUCUUCUGAUGGCUUAAAGCAGUGUUUUCCAAACUUGGGUCUCCAGCUGUUUUUGGACUCCCACUAUCCCUAGCUAGCAAGACCAGUGGUCAGGGAUGAUGGAAGUUGUAGUCCAAAAACAGCUGGAGACCCAAAUUUGGGAAACACUGGCUUAGAUGAAAGGAUAGCCAACAUGGUGCCUUCAAAAUGUUUUCAACUACAAAUCCCAUCAGCUCCUAGCUAGCAUGAUCAACAGACAGGGAUGAUGGGAAUUGUAGUUCAAGACAUCUGGAGGACACCAUUUUGGCUAUCCCUUCUGAAGCAGCCUUGCCCUCUCUAUUAAGGCAGCUCCCCUCUAAAUCCCACUUCUGCCAAGCCUUUUUUGGAACACCAUAGCCUCACACUUUCUGCACCUCCUGUAAUCAACCUUUUUAAAGCCCACUUCUUUCAAUUGCUCUGGCAGUUCUGUAUACAGAGCCUAGCACACUGGCCUUGAAUAAAUAUUGAUAGCAGUAGUUUUAGAACCUCUUGACUUACAUUUCCCUUGAUUUUGAGAAGCUCUCUCUGUGUGUGUUUUAACAGAGUCUGGAUUUCAACAUGGAGGAGAGAGUUAACCUCUUGGAGCUGUCUGCAGCCCUUGAUGAGGAGAUAACAGUUCCCAAGAGCGGACUUCAACAGGCAGCUUUUGCUUCUUACAGACACGAACUUCGCCAUCUAGAGUAACUUGUUCUUCGGCUGUUUUGGGUGGAGGCCCCAUUCCUGGCCAACCCCUUCUCCCUUUACACCUCACCCACCCCUUCACCUAUUGCUUCACAGUUUGCCCAAACCUACCCCAACUCCCAGCCCUUUUAAAAGAGCGGGGAGCACUUCAGAGAGCAGUUUGUCAAAACUGUUCUCUGAAGCACCUUCCCUCCCUCUGUUAAACAGCUUGUCUGCGCUGUCUUCCACCCAGUGCUGUUUUCUCACCACUCGCCUGCUGUUCUGUUGUCACACAGGAGUUGGAGUGGCCAUCUUUUGGUAGCCACCCAAACCACAGAGUGGCGACAGCCUUACUGUUUUAUGUAUAUAGGAAGGUAACAAAUACAUGCAGUUUUUAAUUGGAUUAAAUAAUAAUAAUCUGAUGUUCUUUUGCACUAAUACCAUGGGAAAUGGUAGGAUUGAAACUGAACAGAAAGAUGCUUCUGCAUCAUUUCGGAAUGAUACCUAACAGCACCUUCACUGUCUUUGCAGAGCUCAGGUAGAGCAAAUAUCCAUUGAGAGAGACAAAGCGCAAGUUGAAUUGGAGAAGGUGGAAAAGCGGAAGCUGCAGCUUUUUGAGGAGGUGGAUGAUCAUAAUAGUGCAUUGGAGCACCACAAUGAGAGUAAAAUGAAGUACGUGAGCCAGCUUUUUGGUGUCAUUAUCUGAUGGGGUUUAUACACAAGGAGGAGUGUGAAAAGCAGGCCCAACUUGCCAUCCAGUGAAACAGCACAGCAUAAGCUAUGCAGCCAAUGCUCACAAAAUUGUGACUGUAGAGAGGCCAACACCUUAGUCGCACUAGUCAUUUCUCUUGUGGACCAUUCUGUUUUUAUUUUCACAUGGAAAAUACUUGCACAUACCAGUAACAGUGCUUGUAUCUUGCAGAGACCUUGAGCAAGACUACAGAGGGAAACUCAGUGUUAUGAAGUCUGAAGCGGAGAUGGAGAAGGAGCAGCUCUUGCAACAAGGGAACCACCAGAAAACCAAGUUAGAAGCAGACAUCAGAUCUCUUCAAGAGGAAGAAUCUAGCCUGAGGCAGAAGCUGAGCUUAGUGAUCAAGGUAAAGAUUCGGAGCAUCUGUUAUCUUCAGGAUGACCAGUGCAGCCUACAGCAAGACUGCAUAUUCUGAGCUUGAAAAUAAGAAUAAAGUAAAAAUCCUGUCUGAAAGGAGGCUGAAUUCUGCAAACAGUACAUAUUAAGUAAAAAUAUGCUUUCAUCUCUUGACUUAUGGAGACUUCACCAGGCAUUACUGUUACACUUUAAUCUGCAGCCAUGGGGACUAGAGAGUUGUAUUUUGUUGUUAAAUGAAUUUAACCCACUUUUCAAAGAGAGCCAUCCACCUAUCAGGGCUGGUGGAAACUUACUUUCCCUUCCAGCCCCCCAAAAUGAUCCCUUGAGGAUUGGGGCACCUUGUUGGGUGGAGCUAGUUUUUUCAGGAUUGCUUCUGAGUGCUAGCCUUUUUGUAUCCUACAUGUUGGUAUCUUGCUCAGGAAUCGCAAAAAGGUACCCCAGUGUUAUGUUUAAUGAGCGUAAAUGUGCACUUUCGAUUUUAUUUUUUUCAUAUUUUUGGUUUUUUUUAAAGGAGAAUAGUCGCUUACAAAGUGAACUUGUUGAAGUGGUUCAAAAGUUGUCUGAAUCUGAAAAGCAAGUACUAAAUCUUCAGAAGGAUCUCGACUUCAUGUUGAAAGACAAGGUAGCUUCGGAUUGAUGAAAAUGCUUUCCUCUUUAUUGAAAACCAAUAAAAUUCAUAUUUAUCUCUGUUGUAGGAUUUUGACCUCUUUCGGUUGGCUUUCUAUUGUGGCCUUAUUUGGUUCCUAAUCACAGGGAUAAGUGCAUGUAUUAAAAAUCACGUUUUCUUGAAGUUGACAGAGCUUCCAAAUUAAAUGUAUUUAAGGUCAAGCUAUAAAUCUAGCCUGCUGCUGCCAAAAAAUUGGCUCCCAUCAGCUAAUUGUAAACUGCUUGAGGGUUUGUUUGUUUUUCCAAUCAAGGGGUGUAUAAAUUUCUUGGAAUGAAUGAAUGAAUGAAUAUAGUAAUUUCACCACUAAUACUUUUAAAAUAAACCUCUUUGCUUGCUUUAGCUGGGGCUGCUGGAUCCACACAGCACAGAGCUCUUUGAUCAAGAAGAACGCUUUGCCAAAAUCAUUCAGGAAUAUGAGCUGCAGUGCCGGGUAGGUGGCCUGUACGUGUUAUAAAUGGCGUCAUGCAGGGAGGACCCAUCCGAGUGCUGAGAGAACAGCCUUCAUUCGAGUCUCAUAAUAAUUAAGGCUUCACGCCUCUUUUUUUAAAAAAGAUCAGCAAUCUUUUGAUAAGCGCCUACACCAAUUCCUCAAUGGCACAUUUUAGAAUAGCAGUUAAAACACCAAGGUUCAACACAGAGGGUAAGUUCAGACGUAGUGCCAAACCAUAGUUUGAUGUUGUGUGAUCAAGCCUCAAGCACUGCUCCUUCCUUUGUGCAGAUUUAGCUAGUUACUUCCUGGUUAGCUGUAAACUAUGGUUUGCUGUUACUUUUUUAAAAAAGCAAAGGUUUGGCUAUGCCCAAAGAAUCAUGGGAACUCUAGCUUGUUACUAGUGCUGAGAAUUGUUGGAAACCCCUUCCCCCCUCACAGAGUUACAAUUCUCAAAGUGGUUUAGCAGUCAGUUCCUCUUUCCAGGGAACUCUGGGAAUUGUAGAUUGCGGGGGGGGACAGGAGUUUCCUAACAACUCUCGUCACCCUUAACAAACUACGGCUCUCAGGAUCCUUUGGGGAAAGCCAUGACUGUUUAAAGUGGUAUGAUACCGCUUUAAAUGUAUUCUCAUUAAUUACAGAGCCUAUGGAGAGCUGCACUCGUAGACCAGAACAGUGAGAUCCUAACCAUAGGGUAGCUAUAUUUUAUUAGAAUAAAAAUUGGGGGCACCUUACCAAAUGGUUGUAGAGAUAACUUGGAGCAUGUGACUAUUGCCGUUUUUGCUCCAGCUCUGCUUCUUGCCAGAAGGAAAUCACAAUGUAAUAUCUGUCGCUUCCGACAGUGCAGUUAGAACUGCUGCUGUUGCACUAGAGUUAUUUCAUGUGUCCUGCUACCAAUUCAGUUCUCCCUGUUUCUCCCCAAACUCUCGACAUUUGCUGCUGCUACAUCUUGAUAGAGAGUGAAGGUGAGCACUUUCCCCCUCCUCAGGUGUGUGCACGAUCCACUUGUUUGUAGUGGUAUACUGUUCUUUAGCAAACCUGCAUGAUGUCUUGUUGCAGCCUGAGAUCUUGCGUGUUACAAGGUUUUUGUUUUCGGAAAUGCUUGAGUUCCCAUUUCGAUGGACUUCUAUAUCGCGGCUCGCUUUUUACCUCCUUUGUGUUGAGUAGGCCUCAGUCCUGUCCCCCUCUAGUCACUUCUGUACUUGUAAAGUUAUAUCGUUCGUGUACCUUGUCAGCUAAGGAAAUGAGAAGUGCAGAUCUUUUUAAAUUCAGUUCUGUCCGUAGCUCCCAAUUCUCCCUCCCCCACAGACUUCAUGGUGUCUCCAGAAACUCAGGUGUCUUUCAGAACUGAGUGGUAGGCUUUUGUUUUUGAGCAAGUCCUGCAGUUCAACAGCUCACAAAGGAUCCCAGGAACGUUGAAGCCCACACACCGCGACAAGGUGAUGAUCCAGUGAGGGAGAAUAGCUGUACUACAAAAAACUAUGAAUUUGCUAAAAAGGGUUCAGUGCUCUUGCAGCAUCUGAAGCAGCUACCUUUAAGAAAGCAUUGCAAAGAAAAUAAACACUCAGACAUUGGGAGUCUGUAUUUUGAAUUAUCUGCACGAAGUAUAUGCCCAGAGGGCUCUGCUGGAGCCUAUUUCUGCUUCCCUCUGUCCUUUCAGUUUUGUUUGAUUGGUUUUACUUUAACUGUAUGAUACUGCACAGCAAAUUGUUCUGUGCUAUAAAUCAAGCACUGCUAGGAGUUGCUUCUUUGUAUUUAGUCAAUAAAAAACGUGGCAUGGAGCGACCAAAUUCUUUUCCUGAAAGUACGGCCCAGAGAAAGAAGUUAAAGAGCCACUGGGCUAGAUGGACCACGGGCCUGAUCCAGUAUGCUCUUCUUAUGUUCCAGUGUCUUGUGUUUUUUAAAGACUGUCUUAUAGCAUUUCUGUGAGAGUUAUUUGCAAGCACACCUGGUUAUUCUGUCGAGGAGCGGUUGCUGUGCACCCAACGAGGUAGAUCCGAGGGAGGCUGUUCCACAUUUUGAGCUUCCGGGUUCUUCCCUUUCAGGAGCUGCGCGACAAGAACGAUGAGCUGCAAAUGGAGGUGGAGAAACUGCGUUCCCAGCUGCACGAAAGCAAGCAUAGUCUAGCCUGGUGUCAAAUGAAGGCCAGCAGACUUGGAGAAAGGCUGCUGCCUGAAAACGUAAAAGCCAGAAUUCUGGGUGCGUAUUGCAAGUUGCAUUUAGAACGUCACAUCGGGUUAAAUCAAAUACAGUCAUACCUUGGGUUACAGACACUUCAGGUUGUGUUUUUACGGGUUACGGACCGCCAAUACCCAGAAGUACCAGAACAGGUUACUUCUGGGUUUUGGUGGUCGCGCAUGCGCAGAAGCGCAGAAUUGCAACCUGCAUGUGCGCAGACGCUCCAGAUGGCAGAAUAGAGAAAUGACAUGUUGCCCCUGUUACAGCAAAUGCAGCUGAGAGAUCUAAGGCAACAUCUGGUCCACUCUAAUGGGACCAUUUCCUGCUGAUGCAGCCUGAUGAUGUUAACAAGAUACUUGCAGCAGUGCAUCUGACCACGUACUCUCUGUACCCUUGCUCUUUCGGGAUGGUUAAAGGUAGCCAGGUGGCACUAGGUGGUUGCGGCUAGGAGUGCCUUUCGCCGUCUGUGUCUGGUAUACCUGCUGCAGUCGUAACUGGAAGUGGGAGACAUGGUCGCUGUACUUUAUGCUCCGGUAACCUCAAGGCUGGAUUACUGCAGUGCGCUUUGUGUUGGGCCACCCUUGGACCUGGCCUGGAAGCUUUAGCAUGUGACACCUCUGCUGAAACACCUACGCCGGCUGCUCAUAUCCUGGCAGGCCAGGUAUAAGUCUCUUGUGCUGAUACACAAAACCCUGAAUAAAUUGGGUCCAGUAUAGCAUAAGGACUGCUUGAGCCUUUAGAGCCCAACCUGAUCACUGAGAUCAUCUGGAGCAGCCCUGUUAAUUGUCCCCCACAUUGCAGAGGCCCAACUGACCUCGGCCAGAAGUCAGGCAUUUAGUGUUGUGCAGAUUUGGCAGGCAUCCUCGACUUUUCACUUUUAGGCAUCUCUCUCUUAUUUUAUGCCAACAGGCACAUAGAGUUUUAUUUAUUUUUUCCUGAGUAGCCAUUCGUUUUGAUGAUUGGUUUGUAUUGCUUUUAAAGGAUUUUACAUUGCUGUGAAAUGCUUUGCAAGUAGGGCUGGGCAAUAUGACCAGCUAAACAUCACAAUAUAUCACAAUGUCUGAAAUAAGGAUGGAGCAAUGGUUGAAUUUUCAGUUUCCCCCAUAUAGUGUGCAUGUGCGCGCACACACACACACCAUGAUUCACAAUAUAUUACCAGCUCAAAAACUGAAACCAAUAUCAUGGUAUGGUAUGGACUUCAAGCCAGUUUCGGACAAUAUAUGGAUCUCUUGCCCAGCCCUAUUUGCAAGAGGGCAGUAUAUAAACACUUGUAUAAAUGAAUAGCAAUUCUGAUGGAUCAAUCAGAGUCGGAAAGCUAGACCAGGUGGAUAUCGGGUUAGGCUGCUUUUUCCACGCUGGAUUGAAUUCAUAAAUGAAGGUUAGAGUCAAGCAUUUAUUUAUCAAUUGCCUCUCCACUGUAUAUAUUUUAAAGGCACUGUGAUAAUGUGAUAAAAACACAUGCUGCCAGGAGUUCAGAAAAUUCCCUGUUGGUUUCUUUCAGGCUUGCCAUAAGGCUAAGUGACACAUUAAACAUAAGUUAUCCCUGCUUUCUUCAUAUUUCACCCUUUAGGCUUUUGUUUGUUUGUUUGAUUUGCCAAAAACCUGCUUUGUUUCCUUCUCUGUAUAGAUGUGCGUCUCUCGGGCGGGGGGGGGGCGGUGUCUAUCGAUGUGCCUCAUUAUGUUGCUGUAGCCUUUUCCUUGCCCUUUAAAAAAAUCUUAUGUCCUGGGGGGACUGUUGAGCCUUGGCACUUGGUAUUUAUGUCCACAGUGUUGUAUCCAGGUCCUAUUAGCAUGGGGAAAGUCGCCUUUUAAAAUUUUCAGCCCUUUUCAUGCUUAUGUACCCUUUUCUCCCCAUAUCAGCAGUGUGCCCUAGCAUGCUUGUAUGAUUCAAAGUUUUUUUGGGGGGGGGGGCUCUACUGAAUAUCCUGAUACACUGCUUUGAUGUUAUAUAUGCAUCAUUCUGGCACAGUGGUCCUUGCAUCCAUUCUUCUCUCUUGCACCAGAAGGGCAAGUUGUUGUUGUUGUUGUUGUUGAUGAUGAUGAUUUGCUUUAUUACCCACCCUUGACCCUAAGGUCCUAGAGGGGGUCACAACAAUUUAAAAUACAGCAAUGAAAACAUCUUAAAGCAAAUUGUGGUACACAAGGUCCUCUCUGCCUUUUCCCUUCUGCUAUACAAAAUCUUUGAAGAACUCCUUUCGUCAUAAUGUGUACCUUUUUCUUUCUUUUAAGACACCAUACAAAAAGAUGAGGAACUCCUUCUUGGACACCAGCACUUUCCGGUGGCAGGCCAAAAUGGUAAGAAAUGUUCCCAGCUGUGUGCAUUUUCUAAGAAGGAGUAAGUGUUAAGAUACAUGCCAGCUCUAGAACUCUUCAAGAGAAACCUAAUCCACCCCCCCGUGCCGUGGGCAGUACGAUAUCCAGUAUCAAAAGCAUCUCUUGACAAACCUGUCCAGUUUCUUCUGGAUAACCCUCAGAUACGAAGAUUCCCAGGCAGCUUCUUCAAGGGCUACAGAUAUUUCCCCAAAUGUUUCAGCUGCAGGUGUCGUGGUCUGUAAUUUCAACCCACAGCUCUUUUAUCCAGUGCGUAUUAAAAGAAUAACGUAUCACGUUUCUCCCUCAGAUAGCUAAAACACUUACCUCUGUUGUUUUUAAUAUCUUCUCCCCUCAAGACUUGUAAGAUUUGUUGCCUGAGGUGUUAUGAUCAAUCCCACAUUCCCAGAAAGUGUACCUGUAGAACAUGCAUUUUAAGCAUGUGUGUGUGUGUUUUCCUUUGGUUUUGUUUUUUUAAUAGGUAUGCAUGACCUGUGUAUCGUGUGGCUCUUCUAAACAUAGCUGUCAACUUUUCCCUUUUCUUGCCAGGAAUCCUAUUUAGAAUAAGGGAAUUUCCCUUGAAAAAAGGGAAACGUUGACAGCUAUGCUUCUAAACUGUUAGCAUUUUUUAUUUUUUAAUUGAAUUUAUAUACUGCCCUAUACUCAGAGGUCUCAGGGUGGUUCACAGAAAAGAUCACAACAUAUAAAAUCAAAAUAAGAACAAUAACUCAAUAACACCUGUAAUGGGUUUAGGGGUUGCUCGUGCGUAAGUUGCCGCCACUCCUGGCUAGGUUACCUGGUUAAACCCUUUCUGACUGAACAGCCUCCAGCAUCGUGACUGUCUCAGUCGCUGGCAGAAUCCGUCAGUGGGCGUUUCUUAAACUUCUUCCAGCACAAAAGUUCCUUGACGCCAAGUCUCCUCCUACUCUCCCUGCGCGGAAGUCUUCUGCGCAGGGAGGGUGUGGGCAGCGGAGUACCCGUACUCUCUCCGCUGGUCUCCGGCGAGGAGUCUUGGAGCCUCCUCUCCGAUUCCCCCCAUCUGCCCCCUUUCUCCGCUGGUGUUACGCUGAUUUCCUUCCCCAGCAGACGGGCUGCCUCUCUCCCUACUGGGACCCUCUCCGCCAUCCCUCGGGAGCCUUCCCUCCGCCUCUAGCUCCGAUGGCAGUUCCCUGACAACACCCCUCCCAAAAGAGCCACAUUUUAAAAGGGUAUAGGUCAACCAAAUGCCUGGUUAAAAAGGAGUGUUUUUGCCUGGCGCCUAAUGGUGUAUAAUGAAGGCACCAGGCGAACAUCCCUAGGGAGAGCAUUCCACAGAUGGGGAGCCACUGCAGAGAAGGCCCGUUGUCAUGUUGCCACCCUCCGGACUUCUCAAGGAAGGGGCACAUGAAGGAGGGCCUCAGAAGAUGAUCUCAGGGUUCUGAUAGGUUCAUAUGGAAAGGGGAAGUCCUUGUGGCCUUGAUCCGUCUAGACUCUGAAACCUUUCCAGUGUGUCAGUAACCAGUUCUGAUAACGGGCCCACAUUUUAAGUUAUUCAAUCACCGUGGCGCAUAUUUAUAAAUAAUAUAAAUAUAAAUAAUUUUUUAUUUAUAACCCGCCCUUUCUGGUUCAAAACCGGGUUCAGGGCAGCUGACAACAAAUUUAAAACACUUAAUUAUAAAAGCAGCAUAAAAUACAGUAUAAAAACAUGAAUAACAAUAAAAUUCAAAAAUCAGUUUAGGGGAAAUAAGCAUUAGAUAAUCCCUAGGGCUAGCUGGCUGAAUUGGUCCUUCAUGGGCCAGCGAGGAGGCCAGGGGAGAAUAAGCUGUGGGGUCUCAGAGCGGGUGAGUGGCUGGGGAAACUCAGCCAGAUGGGCGGGGUAUAAAUAAUAAAUUAUUAUAUUAUUAUUAUCUUCAUAAAAGGGGAUGGGGAGGGAAGAGAAGGGAAGUAAAAGAUCGGGCUGAAUUCAAAUUAAAGGCCAGGCGGAAUAGCAGACAGUUGUAUGCUUUGAACCAUUGCGCUCUCAUUCCCCUUCCCAUGCUCCCUAUGUAAUAGUGUGUUGGUGGAGGAAAAGCAAGCAGACCACACCCCAGAUACAUGAUCUAUCUUGGCAGUUUGUUUCCUCAGUUUGGCAGUUUGUUUCCUCAGUGUUCUAAGAACAAAGGAGGAGCCCGCUGGAUCAGGCCAUUGGCUCGUCUAGCUCAGUAUCCUCUUCUCACAGUGACCAACCACAUGCCUAUUGGCAGUUUGCAAACAGGACCCAAGUUCAGUAGCAAUCUCUCUUCCUGCGGUUUCCAGCAACUGAGAAACAUGCUCCAUCCAUUCAUAGAGGCAUGGUCAUCCUGUAGUAGUAGUUUUAUCCUCCACGAUUCUGCAUUCUUGGGCCUGUUCUUUUCCUUUCUUUCAAGAAUAAUUUUAUUUAUAGGUGUCGUUUUCAUUGAAUCCGGUCCCUAUUCAGUAAGCAUAGAAAUGGAGCUUCUGGUUGAAGAACUGAAGGAACAGCAUCAAGACCUGAAAAUACAGCUGGAAACCAAGGUGAGUCGAGGAGGAAGACACAGGCAGGUGUUUAAACGCCAAUUCAGGUUAAAAAUCGUCAUCAGAAUCAGUAGACUCUCAAUAUAUUUCUGAAUGCAGUCUUUGGGUUACUUGCUCAGCAGGAUACAUUUAAGUAUGUUGACCAAAUGAUGUAGCUUUUGUUGUUAAAUUUAAAAUAAAUCAGCAUUUUAAGUAUUUUUUUUUAUAGAUGUAAACUUAUUUAUGAUAAUGAAAUGUUUUGGGUUUUUUGUGGUGCUUUUCUCCAUUGCUUUUGUAAAUUAAGUAUCUCAUCACCAAUGUAAAUUAGGAGAAUGUGGGAUGGCUUAUUAUGACUGUUUGUAGAAAAGGCUGGGCUUGGUUCAACUGUGGAUGACAAGUUAGUUCUGUAUGAAUGGAGUAAGUCUGUAUGGAGUAAGAAAUCUUUACACAAGAUUUCCUGCUGUUAAAUGCCCUCAUUCUGUAUAAAAAUCCUAUCCUCUUGAAACGCAUAGGCUUCUAGCUCUUGCAAUGCCUCACUUCAAGGAUCAAGUUGUUAAACAUGAAGUAGGGACUCUCGACCGGUUUGUGCAUGUAUUAACCAUGCUACCUAAAAGAAUGCGUAACAAAAGUUUGGUUUGGCUUUACUGUGCUAGGUCAAUUACUACGAAAGAGAAAUUGAGCUGAUGAAAAGGAACUUUGAGAAGGAAAGGAAGGAUGUUGAACAAGGUUUUAAGAUUGAGAUCAGCGAACUGGAGGAACAGAAGAGCGAUUUGGAAGAGCUGAACGCCAAAUGCCAGGAGGUGAUAGAUGGCUUGAAAGACCAGCUUCAGAAACUGGCUCCCGCCCAAGAACUCGAGAGGAGCUUUGAGAAGGAAAGGUCAGAAAUGGAGCAGUACUAUGCCAAAGAGAUUUCCAUUUUGGGACAGAGACUGGCCCAGGAAAGGGACAGACUGGAAGAAGACAUGAAGAUGAAGCAUGAGGCUGAGACACACUUCAUGAGGUCUGGUGACAUUACCGUUUUGAAACAUGGGCACUUGGCAAUAUAAAUGGUAGUGUCAUAUUCUGCCACAUUGUGUUAUGGUUGAACUUUUGGUAAUUUAGGCAAAAGCCUUUCUCACCAAUACAGUUGUAUGGUACCUGGUCCAAUUCCCUUCUCACUUUUGGGGAAUUGUGACAUUUUUUGCCAUGUAGCAGCUAUCUGGCUGGCACACUGUCUCUGGAAUGGCUCUCCAUGUGCCUGCUAAAGAAUUAUUGCUAAUAUGCUGUUUCACAGCUACUGUUCUAUGAAAUGUAUGGUUCUUCUAUAAAAAUGCACUCAUCUUUUUAAAAUGAUUUGACUAAUCAUUGCAUGCUUGCUUAUUACUUUUGGGCUUGUUCACGUGCUAUGUUUUAUAGCAGAGAUGAUCCAUCUUCCAAGAGAAAUUCUGUUCCAUAGUGUGCAUUAAUUCAGACUCUGACUGUAUGCACAACAAACAACGGUUUGCAGGAUUUGAGGUGUGUGUGCUUUAAAUGUGUGAUGUGUAUGUAGCCUUUCAGUUCUCGUGUGUUGGUGUGCGUGGAUGCAUUUUCUUCUGCGAGGGAUGCUUAAUAGAUGCAACUACACGAAACAUGCCUAACAUCAAAGAGAACAGAGCAUGUGUUCCUUUAUGGGGCACUUUAGAUCUCUGGGUCACAACUACUAUUCUCAUAGUGACUUGAGAUCAAGUUUGUGUGUCCCGUGCCAUAGCACAGAGCUCUAGUUUUGUCUCAUAGAAGAAAGAAGUCAUAGAUUGCCUGUGAACAGGAUAAGUAAGUAGCAAAACGUGGGAGCCAGUAGUUUGAGGAGGGAUGUUUGGCAAGUCCAUAGCACAUAGAGAAAGGGUUAACCCCACCCACCCAACAGCUGCCAUUCAAAGAAUAAAAGAAGUGAAGGUGUAGUGCUGGCACACAUUUAACACUUAACAUGGGUGGCGCUGUGGUCUAAACCACUGAGCCUCUUGGGCUUGCCAGUCAGAAGUUCGGUGGUUCGAAUCCCCAUGACGGGGUGAGCUCCCAUUGCUCUGUCCCAGCUCCUGCCAACCUAGCAGUUUGAAAGCAUACCAGUGUGAGUAAAUAAGGAGAGCAGCAGGAAGGUAAACGGCGUUUCCAUACGCUCUGGUUUCCGUCACGGUAUUCCGCUGUGCCAGAAGCGAUUUAGUCAUGCUGGCCACAUGACCUGGAAAGCUGCCUGUGGACAAACGCUGGCUCCCUCAGCCUGAAAGCAAGAUGAAUGCCGCAACCCCAUAGUCGUCUUUGACUGGACUUAACCAUCCAGGGGUCCUGUACCUUUUACCUUUAACACCAGAUGUAGUUUGACCCUUACUGAGCAAGUGGUGUAAUAUGAAUAACAUCAAGUGUUCUUUUUUAUUUCAGUGAUGUACGUGGGUAUAAACAGCACAUUUGGAAGCAGCUAGUUUUCAAAGCAUUGCAUAUACUGUAAUAAGAUUUUUUUUUUAAAAAAAAAGCUUCUAUUUUAGUGGAUUGUCCAGUUCCACUGCUUGUUGUCAGACAUAUUUAUUUCGAUGACGCUUAGCUGAGUAUGGCUAAUCCAGUUGCCUGAUUUCUUUAACAUCCCCAAACUAACUCCGGUCCUUCAAUACUUUUUCUCUCUCCCAUGAUGCAGAGUUGAGCUCCACAGAGUUUCAGAAGACAACCUCAUCCUAAAAAAUAAACUUGGAAGAUUUCAGCAAGAAGUGGAGGAUGUUGGUGAAGCAAACAGAAAGCACAGGUUAAAGAAAGGGGGGCGGUGGUGCGGUUCUUUGGGAAGCUUGCAGAGGAACUGUAAAUGUGAAACCAUACGUCUUCCCAAGAGGCAACUUGUUGAAUAAAAGGACUGUGUAAUUUUAAACAGAAAUAUUGGCAAGAGGGUCUAGCCGCGCACAGCGAGCCCUCGGAAUGUGGCUGCAUCAGUGCAAUGAAGUGUGUGCUCCAGUGUACCUGACGGGAUGCUCAGUUAUAGCGUUGUAUGACUACACAUACAAGAAUUUCCAGUCUGGUCCUUAGGUCUGCCACCUUAAAUCUGUACAUAGACAUGGUGGGAGAACUAAAAAUAAGAGGGCUAGAUCUAGCUGCCAUGAAAAACAGCUUUGUUUUUAGCAGACCUACUAUUAAUAUUCUUUUUAAAAAAAAUUUUUCAAGAUGCUGGAGAGUUGAGGACCAACAUAACUCAUUUUCUGAAGCUGCGUUUCCCCUUUUUCUUUGCAAGCCACUUGCACUGAUGUUGCAAACAAUAGUGAAACAUCAGCUGUGACUUGUGGCAGCGUGUUUCCUGCUCCUGUUUUAGAAUCUAUGCAAAAUAUGUUUAAAUGGUUGUACAAUUUAAAUUGUUUCCCCUUCCUUCUUCAGAAAACAUAUUGACGAAUUGAUGGUGGAAAAAGAGAAGGUGAUGUGUGGAAUAGAAGAAUUAAAUCAACUGGUAAAUUAUAUAAAUAAAUAUAUAGAGAGAGAGAGAGAGAGAGAACAGUACAAUUAGAUAUGCCUUUACAUAAGACCCAGUUCUGUGAUUUUGAUAAAAUGAUCUACUAGCAGGUGAGGGAUGGGGGAAGCUCUUCCUAAAACCCUGGAAAGCUGCUACCAGUCAUAAAAAACACAACCUUAUACCAAGUCAGACCAUUAGUCUAUGUCGUCUUCUUCGGCAAUCACUCAUAGCUGAGUAAGAUUGUCUUCCAUAAACACGGUUUUAACGAGUCUGUAAGUGACUGUGGAGGCCAAUUCUGGAUCCACACGUCCUUCCACAGUGGCGACAUAGGUUUCCAGGCGGGAGUUGAUCACAGUUGGAUUUGCCAAGCGUGCCUUCCUCUUUGCACAUUUCUCCCUUGCGUCCUGAGUUCGAGUGUCUUCAAAGCCCAUGACACCUUUGCUAAAGGCUGUGUAUGUAGCUCAGUAUUGUCUACACUGACUGGCAGCUGGCUCUUCGGGGUUUCAGGCAGAGUACAGGGUUUCAACCCCAUCUGGAGACACAAGAGAUUAAAUUUCUGUAUCCUCUUUCCAAUGUUUAAAUGCUUUACAAUCCUUCUAACUUCAUCCAUGCAAGGUUAGGCUGAUGGACACCCAUUUUGCCCAAGGUUUAUCUUAUCGGCUUUGGCUGAAAGUUGGAUUUCCAAGUGCCAAAACCAUACACUGUCCCACCUUGCAAAGAGUUAAAUGCUAUUUCAGUAGGGGUUGAGUUCUUUUGCAACCUUUUGAAUCUUUCUAGUACAUGUGCCUUUAACAAUGUACGUGUAACUUUGGAGUCAGUCUUGGGUUGCUCUGGCAGUGCCCCCUUUUGCUCUGCCUGCCAUAGCUCCAGUAAUUCAACCAUCAAACAAACCAGCCCUUUCAUCCCGAGAAAAGGCAUUUCUUAACUUCCUCCACCCUCGUUAAGAAAUGUACACUAGGUGGGAUACUGCUCCAAAAAACAGGGAGGAGACCCCUGUACCCGUUCUUUGUGGGCAAGCAGUAUGAGACACCCCCUGAUGCAGAACUCAAGAUUAGAUGUUAAGAUGUUUUCCCCUGGUUGGGAUGAAUGCCGCAGCUCUGAAUGUCUGAAAUGCCUCUUUAGAAUAAACACUACGAGGUGGAAAUCUUCCAGUUAAACACCAGGAUAGAUCAGCUGAGCCAUGAACUCUCUGAACUGAGCAGUGAUAACAAUGUCAGCCGGAAUACUGUCAAUUUACUGAAUCGGAGGCUUGUCGAGCUGGAGAGCCAAAGGGACCGCGAAGCUGCGGUUGCCAGGCAAUUUCAAGAGGCCUCUGCUGAAUUGACAAAGGAGCAUCUUCAGGAGCGGUUGGCAUGGCAGGGAGAGAAGGCCCUGCUGGAGCAGCAGCUGAAGGCCUGGAGGGAAAAGGUAAGGUUGAUCGGAACGGGGAGGAAGGGGCACAUCAGUUCCAGGCUGCCAUGUCCCACUGCACAAACCCACCUAUAAUGUUGAGCCAGCCAUGCAAUAUUCUGGUGGAAAUUUCUAAGGCCUGACAUGUGGACCAUGGAUACAGGGAUGCGCUGCUUUUUACUACAUCGAUGGAAAGCUUGGGUUGCUGUGGUGGUCACUGAGUUGCUGUGUUUAGGCAAAGGAGAUGGUUUAAAAUAUGUUGCCUUCUGGGAGAAGGCAGGUGAAAAUUCUGCAGCACCUUGCAUUUACUUCAUUCCUCUACUACAGGGGCCAGCAACCUUUUUCAGCUGUGGGCCGGUCCACUAUCCCUCAGACCAUGUGGGGGGGCUGGACUAUAUUUUUUUGGGGGGAGAAAUUAAUGAAUUUCUAUGCCCCACAAAUAACCCAGAGAUGCAUUUUAAAUAAAAGGACACAUUCCACUCAUGUAAAAACAUGCUGAUUCCCGGACCGUCCGCAGGCCGGAUUUAGAAGGCAACUGGGCCUCAUCUGGCCCACAGGCCUUAGGUUGCCUACCCCUGCUCUUCUAGAACUAAAACUAAAGUUUGUAUUUUGUAUUCCUUGUAUAAACUGCUUAGAGGCUUUAUUUACAAUCAAGCAGGUAGGUAGAUUUAUUGCUUUAUUCUUGGCGUCCAGCACACUUCCCCCUGCGAGCCUCUGCAGGUCGUAAAGCAAUUAGCAGAAUUGCACAGCGUCCGUGUUGAAAGGGCAGUAAAAGAAGUCCCACACAUUUCUUCUUUCCUAAUAGCACUUUAUUUGCUCAAAAGUAGCAUAUUUACAAGCAAGAAAUUCCAUCUGAUUCCAGCUGCAUUUUUUUUCUGCGUCCUUCUCUCUCAGCAGCUGCGUAGCAAAGCUGCUUUCACUUUUCACUCAGCUCACAGCAUUCCAAGCUGCUUUCGUCACGUCCUGGCUUACUUCCCUUGUAAGCGCCUCCUCUCAGCUUCGAGACACAGAAGGUUAACCCUUCACUACACCCAACAGUAUGCACAUUCUGUUAUAUAAAAUAAAAAAUAGAAGUGCUGAACGGGGGAAGAGGAGUACUUUCAAAAGGAGCCUUAACAAUGAAAAUUCUUCCAUACUACUUUGUUUAAAUUAUAAACUAUCUGAGCACACUUAUGAUCUCUUGGCUGUGUACUGCUAGCCCAUGGCUAGUGGCAAUUAUUUUCUGGGAGUAAUAAAAGGGAGAAAUGGGCUGUCCACAAACAGCCCCAUAGAGCAAGUCUGUGAAUAUCGGAGUGUAAUUGGGUUGACUUGUUUGCCAAGUGAAUUUAUUAAUGCAAUGGAAUUUAGAAAGAGCGUCAUUCUAGGCAUAUUGGAGGAAGACUACAAUGGUCACACAUAAGGUUUGGGUUUGCAUGGAUAAAUAUGAAAUCAAGCAUCCCUAACCUUUUCAGGCCCAAGGACACACCUGGGAAUCUAACAAACCGUCACAGGUACCUCAAAAUACCCCUUUCACGGAAGGAAAAACCUAGGGAUGCUCAAAAACUCUUCCAAAGCCCCUAUAUUCCCUGAAACACACACACAAGAAAGCAGGCAUGCACCAAGAGGAUUUGUGUCUUGAGUAUGCUGUGUCCCACAGAGGACCUUAUGGUCUUCAAACAAAAACAUCUUGGAGGUCCCGGGCCACAGGGAGGUUAGGCUGGCCUCAACCAGAGCCAGGGCUUUUUCGGCCGUGGCCCCGAUCUGGUGGAACGCUCUGUCACAAGAGACUAGGGCCCUGCGGGACUUGACAUCUUUCCGCAGGGCCUGCAAGACAGAGCUGUUCCACCAGGCCUUUGGCCAAGGCACAGUCUGACCACCUCCUUUGGUAAUCCUCAAAGAACGCUAAGCCAAUGGUUCCCAUUAAUUUGAUUUUGAAUUGAUUUUAGAAUGAAUUGAUUUUAGAAUUCUGUGUAAUUUUAUUGUUGUUAGCCGCUCUGAGCCCGGCUUCGGCUGGGGAGGGCGGGAUAUAAAUAAAAUUAUUAUUUUAUUAUUAUUAUUAUUAUUAUUAUUAUUAUUAUUAUUACUACUGAAAGAUCCCACAUUGUUGCUGGCCUCAUCCUUUCCUGCCAUUCUCUCCUUGAACAGGCCAGCCAGUCUCAGGAGCUGGAGGCUGAACUGGAACGUUCGACACAGGAGUGUCAGAUGCUACGGCUAACAAAAGCACAGCUGAGAGAAGAAGUGGAAGAAUGCCAGGAUCGGGUAGGCUGGUGCAGCUGAAUAUGGCCUGCCUUUGGCUCACUGGGAGCAUCACUGCCUGUUACAAACGAGGGCCUCGGCACGGCUGAAGCAGCAGUGAAGUGCAUGCCCUGGUUGGACAGAGGAGCAGGCCUGGAGCCUUUACACCUGGUCAAAGAAAUGUGUCCAAACAUUAAACCUAAGAGAAGAUCUAGUCCCAGUGUCAUAGAUUUGAGGGGAGGGUAGCACUGUUGCAGCGGGAUAGCAGUGUUGCUGUUUUGCAACAUUAAAGAAAAACAGAGCUAGAUGACUUGGCACUGGUUGUGCACGUCUUACUCUGCAAAACUAACAAGGACCAGGGCAGUUUCUGCUGGAGUUCGCCUGUUUUGCCUGUGUUUGGAUAUAUAUUGCAAUAAAUAAAUAAAUAAAUAAAUUCUGGCUUCGAGAUUUUCCAAGAGAAUUAGUAGUGGAUUAGUACCACUACUUUAUUUUGAAUUGAUCUGAUGAGAAAUAACCUUUAAAUGGACUGUGGAGUAUUUCAGUUCUCUGUGUGCUACUGGGGCCCAGCCAUCAGCUAUUAAGUAGGGAGGGGAAAGGGAUUUGUUGUGCAAAAUGCACAAUUUUAAGCUUCUUGCUCGGCAAGAUCUGCUGCAAGGAGAUCAAAGCAGAGGCGAUUUUUUAUUUAUUUAAAAUUAUUGGUAAACCACUUAAUAUUUAUUUAAUUUCUGAGUGGUAUACAUGGUGCAAAACAAAGAACCGCUGAAACAAUAGAACAAAGCUAAAAACUCCAUAGAAGAAUACCAAUGGUACAGGAUCUAACCUUGUGGAUCAGGAAAAGUUUUAUGCUCUGCCAACACAAGGACAUUCUGGGUGGCUACCAGCAGCUACCCUUGUCGCAAUCUGCUCAAGUGCAAAGGGGAAACCCCUGAGCCAAUCUAUUCUGUUAAAUGUCUGGCUCAUUCUGCAGCUCAGCUAAAAUGUUCUUCUGCCCCCAUUGGCUGAUGGCAGAAGGGGGGGGGCAUUUUGGGGGUUAUUUCAAGGGCAGGAAUCUUACCAGUGGUGAUGGGACCCACAGUGGAGGCCCUUUUAGCAGCUGGAUGUCCCCCUCCCCAAUUUGAUGUCUCAGGCUUACGUUUCUUGCAAAUAGGCAAAAAGUAACCCCUGCAUAUUGCAACUACAUGCAUGCAUUUUUGCAGGAAGCAAUUGCAUUUUGAUGUUUGAGGCUUUAUUUCAGCUUAGCAGUGCAUCUGCCUUGUUUGCAUUCAUCUGGGAUUAAGUUCUUUCUGCCUUUGAACAGGCAGGACAGAUGAAAGGUGUUGGAGAGGUGUUUACUUUUUUGUUUUUUAAAAAAAGCCAGAGUAUGAAUAAAAUAGAGGACAAAGCUUUAGAUUUAAAUAUAUGCCUGCUUUUAUGGGAAAUAGCUUUGUGGUGGGGUUUGUCCCUACCCACUAUUAGAAUGCAGCCCCUGAUAGUUUCCCCCAGCGCUCAGUCCAAGAAAGGUGCUCUGUUCCUGGUCUUCAGCAUUUCAACUUUUAAUGAUGUUUUAAAUUUUCUCUUGCAUUGCAGCUACUAGAAGCCAACACGAGCUUGAGCAUGGCCAAGUUUCGGCAUUCACAGGAGCUAGAAGAGUUAAAGGGCCAGGCAGGCAAUUCCGUACCUAAGGCCUGCCUUGCAGAGCUAGAAAAGAGAUUGGCAGAAGAACAGAAUGUGGUCAGGCAGCUGCAAGGAGAGCUGGACUCCCAGGCGAAGCAGAUGAGAUGGCAGGCGGCCACAUAUCAGGUAGGGAAGAAUGGUGCUCGAGUUGUGUCUCAUACAAAAAUAAAGGCUCCCGAGGUGGAAACGCAGUAUGUGUACAUGUGUGGUUUUUACACAGCCUCUUCCUACCUGAAACAGGCACUUUCAAACAGCGACUCUCGUCUAGUCUUCAUUUUUGUUAUGUAAUUAUUUCAACUAUUUAUACACCAUUUAAUGCCAUAGUCUCUAAGCAUUGUAGAAUAAAGUUACAAAAAUCAUCCAACAGAGAUAAGAUCGGUUAAAAUUAAUGGUGAAAAUCCGGGGGUUCGGGGGGGGGAGGAACCGUUACUUAAUAUGCCUGUUUAAAUAAAAAGGUACAAUAGAUCCAGCACAUGAAGCAAAAUUCUGUGACUUGUAUAAAUUAUACAAGCCUCCUUUUGUUAUUGGUGCAGGAGCACCACAUGCAGUUAAGUAUCUGAGGCAACGCUGCAUGUAAAAUACUGUGCUGGGAAAGUUAUAUCCUAUUGAAAAGUGGACUCUUAACUCUGAAUAAAAUACAGUGGUACCUCGGGUUACAUACGCAUCAGGUCACAGAUUCCGCUAACCCGGAAAUAGUACCACCGGUUAAGAACUUUGUUUCAGGAUGAGAACAGAAAUCAUGCUCCCGCGGUGCAGCGGCAGUGGGAGGCCCCAUUAGCUAAAGUGGUGCUUCAGGUUAAGAAUAAGAACGGACCUCCGGAAUGAAUUAAGUACUUAACCUGAGGUACCACUGUACCUGUAUUAUGUAAAGGCUUGGCUGCAGACAGCACAGAGAGCAUCGAUAUACAUCUGGGAUAAUUUGUGGAUUGUGUUUGAGAAUGAGCUCUAUUCUGCCUUGGUCCGACCACACCUGAAGUACUAUGUCCAGUUCUGGAUGCCAUGAUAUAAGAUUAUGUACAAUCUAGAACGGUUGCAGAGGGCAAUCAAGAUGAUAAUAAAUGGUCUGGAACCAAGCCAUAUGAGGAAUAGUUGAGGGAGUUGGGUAUGUUUAGCCUGGAUAGGAGGAGACUGAGAGGAGAUAAGGGUAGCCAUCUUCAGAUAUCUAAAGGAAAUAUCACAUGGUAGAUGGAGCGAGCUUGUUUUCUCCUGCUCUACAGGGUAGGACUUGAACCAGUGAAUUUUAAGUUACAAGGAGAUUCCAAGAUAAUAAAUCGUUAUUUCAGAUGCAGCAUUGGGACUUGUUUGAAGUGAAUUGAUUUCCCAAGGGUAGUUACUUCCCAUAACUGUUGUAAUAUCACGGCUAUGGCUUGGUCCCUUUAUUUUGCAGGAAGAGCAUGAGAACUUGCAUAGAUUAAUGGAGGAAAAGGUGGGAGAACUGGAGAUGAAUUUGAAGAACGUGCAAACCAUGCUUCAGGAAAAGGUGGCUGAACUCAAGGAGCAGGUCAGUGGAAUGGGGAUUAGGUGGUCUAUGGGCCCAUGAUCUGUUUACGGCAUUAAUUCUUUUAUUAAAUGUAAAAAUAUAUAAUUUGUCUGGAAAAGGACAUAAGCUGGCCAGAAAUAGCCAGGGCACCACCAAGAUGUGUCCCGAAUUAUGUCAAUGUAUUUGGCACUGAAUGAUUUUCAUAUAUAUUGUAUUUGAGUGACCCCGUUUCAUGGUUGCUACUGCUUCUGGUCCUCUCCAGUCAUUUGUAAGUGUCCUGCACACUGUGUGAACUGCAAGCUGCUUGGCUUGUAGGCAACACAUAAAAGCCCCGUGUGGCAAAAUCCAGGAUUCUCCACUCUUGGUAUAAGCUGUGGCCCCAUCAGUCAGUGCACUUCUGGCUACAGUAUAUGGAAAGACAAAAGAACAGCUACCCCCUUUCCCGGGCAGGUUUGGUAGGACACAAUACUUGAACAGGCUAUCUAUAGCCAUUCUUAGAACACAUUUUCAAGCUAGCACUGGAUCUGUGGUUGUUCUAAACUUUUCCAGUUUGGAUUUAUAGCAAAGCUGUUAUUCUGUACAGUUUGUACAUCGACUAAUUAUUCCAAGGUCAAAACACGAAGGGAAUGGGAAAUGUGCUGACAUAAAUUGUUAUUUUUUUAACAGAGGGAAGAUGGAUGAAAAGGGAUUAUUCUAAAUUAAUCAUAUUGCUACUUCCAAAUAGAUUACUAUUAUGGAUCAAUGUUUGAUGAUGAUGAUUAAUUUUUCAUAAAAUUUAUAUUCCUCUUAAUUUGACAGAAAGAGAACACUCUCAAAGUUGUUUACAGAAGUCAAAUCAAGAAAAAAAUACCAUACCUAAGUGUACAAAAGUUAAAACACCAACACAUUAAAAUUACCACAACUGUCUUGUCGAAACAAGAAUGUUUUAAGAACCAUCCUUUUAAUUAAAGACAUGAUUGUCCCUAUGUUUGCACUGGUUCAUAUUUUCUGUUUAAGAUGGGCUACAUUCUGGGAAUGAGGGAGAAUGGUGGUUACCUCCUAAGGUCUUGAUAUAAAAACAGUUGUUCAAAGCAGGGGCAGCUAACCUGUGGCCCUCCUCUCCAUGCUUUUGAACUACAACUCCCAUAAUCCAUGGCCAUGCUGGCUGGGACUGAUGGGAGCUGUAGUCAAAUAUCAUAGAGCAUCAUAGGUUAGCUUAAACCUGUCGCUAAAACUUAAAACCAGUGGACCAUAUCACUUGCUUAUUUCCUAGUUAAUAUUCAUGCGACUGCUUUUCUAGCAAAACAGAAAGCAGCAUGUUUUUGAGUUCUGUAUCAUCACCAAACACAGAUUAAUGGAGCGCUAUUCAUUUUAUUUUCCAGUUUGAAAAAAAUGCCAAGUCGAAUCUAUUACUGAAAGACCUGUAUGUGGAAAAUGCACAGCUGAUGAAAACUCUGCAGGUUACAGAACAGAGGCAGAAGAACACAGACAACAGAAAUUUAAUACUGGAAGAGAAAAUCUCAUCCUUGAACAAAUUAGUUAGAGAAAUAACUCUGGCAUCUCAAUGA